UUGAAUUCAGUUCCAGAAUAUCACGUCACAAUUCCAUUCCAAGCGGAUGAAUCAGGUGAAUUUCUCAGCUACAAACUACAUGAGCAUGCGCGGUUCAAAAGAGGCACUGAGGAACCGAAAGUCUGGUAUUACAAAAUGGAGGCCUUUGGAAUGUCACUUCAUUUAAACCUGAACAAAUCUCCCAACCUAUUUGGGCCUGAUCUGGUGGUGGAGAAGAUACACAAAAAUGGAAGUAAAGAGUACAGUGAGACGCCUCACACGGCCUUUUAUGAAGGACACGUGAAGUCUGAUCUCAAUUCAAUUGUUGCUAUCAGCAACCAUAAUGGACUGGUGAGUGUGUUUACGUCGUUAUUCUCACAGUAGAUUUGUUGAAGGACAGCAAUGCUUUUACCUCACAUUUUCGUUCAAACAUUUCAAAAAUUUAAGCAACUGGACAUUUCAUUGCUGUCAACUUAAAGGCUCAUAAUAGUGAAAUGUGGGGAGUGUAUGCCAAACCAGAUUUUAAGACCUGCGACAGUUCACAAAGCCAAAAGACGCACCUCCAAUUUUGCAAACGUUUUUUAGAAGUAAACAACAAGGUUUCUAAUGUUGCUUGUGGAGCUGAAGACUUGGUCGCUUACCUUAAAUAUCACCAUAAAUCAAAACAUCCUCAACUACAUUUUGUAUAUUAAAUCUAAAGAUGAAGAAUCUUUCGUUAAGCAAUCCUUUUUAAAGUCAUGUGAUCUAUACCGCAAUGGUAAGAGUAGCUUUCACUCUCACUUGAUGGAGAUGUCAGAAUAUUUCAACCUACCUGACUUCAACACGGAUAUGUUAGAUACCGUUAUAGUAAAAAACUUCUUAGGUUUAAUGAAACAAGAAUAUAUAUCAUCUUGGCAAAACAUCUUUCACUACCCUCAAAAACCAUAAUUUGUUAGAUCUUUUAAAAGCGAUCAUACCACUUUCAAUUACCGAGACUUCAAUAAAUUAGUAAAACUACGAAUAAGUAACCACACACUAAUGAUAGAACUUGGUAGAUACAAUCAAAAUCACACAUGAUAGGAAUUGCCUUUUUGUGGAUCCAAUCAAAUCGAAGACGAAAUUCACUUUCUUUUUAAUUGCUCUAAAUACUAUUUGAUUAGGAAUAAUUUUUACAAUAAAGUUUAGAUUCUAAUUCCAAAUAUUACCCAGUUACCUGUUAACGUUUUGAUCAAUGAACUGAUGAACACAUCUAAUUAGUAUAUCAAUUUCCAAUUCAUGAAAUAAAUUUCAGCUUGCUUUGACUUUCUAAUAAUUGUAAACAGCUUUUGUACUACUGUAUGUACUCGUGUGGUCCUGAAAAUAAAGCUUGUUGUUGUUGUUGUUGUCUUCAUUAAGACAUUUACAUAGGUGGAGUCCAGUUGUGGGAGGUUUGAGUUGUGGAAUGCGCAAAAAAAUAUGUGCGCAAUAAUCGCAAGAGGACCACAGAACAAAAAAGGGUCAACAACAACGACAAAUUUUAUUUACGCGAGGUAUGAUUGCAAAGAGAGCUUAGCACGCAGAGCACUAGCUAAUUGAGGCGGCCUAAAAAGCAAAAAUUAAUAAUGGCAAUAAUAGUGGUAAUAAAAAGUCAAAGUAAUAAUAAAGUAAAAAAGUAACAUAUAAUACAGGUAUUACUAAUUAUUAUGAUAAUACUAAAUAUUGACAUAUUAUGGGACUAUCGCACUUCACGGUGCACAAAAUAUAGAGAUAGAGAAUUAGACGAAUUGAGUUGAUUUGGUCCCGCAGGAGCUGGCGACCGUACCUGAACAGUCGACCAACAGUUUUCUUGGCAUAUAAGGCCUCCUCAGCAUUCUCACUGGAGAAUUUAAGUGAAAACACCUGGGCUGAAUCAACAAGAAAUACUCGAACAAUUGAAAACUGAUAUGUUCAUUUCUGUAACUGACCGUGAUGGGAUCAUAAUAUAAUUGUUUCACGUAGAGCUUGUAUUUGACUGUUUGAAUCGAUGAGAUAUAUUAUUUGUCCCCAUCAUAUCUGCUGUUACUUUUUAGAAAGGAAUAAUAAACUUCAUGGAGAGCGCUUUUUUCGUUCAUCCGCUACCUGAUCAUCUCGCAAAGCAUUCUGGACUAUAUGGUGGUUCACGACCUCAUCUUAUUUACCGCCGUUCUGUUAAUCCUCACAAAGAAUACUGUCAAGUGAAUGGUAAGACGUUUUCUGCACAUCCCUUCAUGCUCAAUUUAGGAAAGGGGUGAAUUAAUUAACUUAAACAAGGAGCAUACAUGUACCAACCCACGACCUGGCCAAGACGGUGUAAGUAAAAUCUGGACAGCGACUGCCUAUGUAAAUGUUUGUGUAUACCGCAGCAGAAAUCUUAAAUCGCUUUUAACUUAGAUGUCACAGUGAAUUUAAACAUUUACCCAUAGCUAAAACCACGAAUCAGGUCAUGUAUUUUAGGUUUUGGAUCAGUAGAACGGUUACCACUCAUAGGCUAUUAUAGUCAGGCAACAGUCGGGCGAACGCUUGUAUUUCAAAUUUAUAGUAUUUCGAGACUGGCUAAAUGUUUAACUCCUGAUAAGGAUACAAAUAUUCAUUUGUUACAAAGAAGAUGAAGUAUUUUUCAUCCCCAUCCAAAAUCCCAAAUACUUUGAACUCACUUAUUUUUUGACAGAAAAACGGCGGUCAAAACGAGGCGUAAGCUUAGCUAAGGAGACAAGCCAAAACAAUUAUCGUGAAACAAGAUCUGUGUCAAACAAACACUUGGAGGUGAUGAUGGUUGGUGAUCACUUAUUCCUACAGAGAUUUGGCAGCGAAGACGAAGCAGCUGAAAUACUCUUAUUGCUGGCUCACAUGGUUAGACAAAGAAGAGAUAUUUUUAUUUUUUAAAUUGUAAUUGUCCUUACUGACUAACAUUGUGUUUACCCUUUGCUAUAAGGUCUCUUUCUUCUGAUAACAAAUGUCUUUUAACUGGCGCUGUUUAGGUGAACGCGAUGUACCACGAUAAUAGUGUUGGAGAUAUUAAGCUCACCCUUUCUGUUGUGAGGCUGGUCAUUCAUAAAGACGUAAGUGCUGAUUAAAUGAAUGCAUUCAAAUACACCUAUCAACCCAUAAUACACAGAGUACCAGUGUAACUCGACUAUACCAACAGCGUCUUCUCCAUGACAGGCAGCCAGUUUUGUUCUUCCCGAAGGGUGCAUAAACUCUAGUUUUAACCUCCCUACAAAAAAUACUGAGACAUUUUCCCUUGUUUAAGGUAGCUGUUAUGGAGAUGUUGGACUAUUUUUUAGCUAUGUAAUCAUGCAAAGGCAUUAUAAAGUGACCGAUAACCACAAAAAAAAAUCAAAAGAAGGCGUUUUGGCCUGUCUACGAAAUAAAUAAUGACACUUUUCUCACGGUAGACAAACAACAGCAUGGGUGAAGUUUUGACUAACUCAACAGUUAGCCCGGCCAAUUAUGGUUAAUAAACUUGCUCGCCUUUAGUUUAGCUAUUCAAGCAGUGACGACAACAUGGCAAGACUGAAUGCUCUGGAGGUGUGGGUAAACGGUGACAAUAUGCCUAUGUCAGAUGCCGAUCCAAAACAUGCUGACCAAGUAAUACUUGUCACAGGGUAUGUAACUAUGGAAUGUUAUUCACUCUAAGGUCUUGUGUUAACUUGGUGUCACGGGACAUUUUGUUCAAAAGUAAAUUCAUAAAUUUAGCUUUUCUUUCGUUUGGCGCUUGGCAGCCACUUUGUCUUCACUUUGCAGUAAAUAAAUACCAAAGAUGGCGCUUUUUUUCUUUCUCUCCCUGUUUAGGGCUGGAUUUGGAGGUUAGUGUGUUGUCCAUGAACGAAAUACAUUGAUUUAACAUCGCUAACUUUCAGCUCCUUUUAUUACAUUACAUUUGACUUAUCUUUUGCAAAAGAAAUAGUACGCACGCCUUUUCAAAUAUUAUUGCUAUAAUUUUUCUGUCUCAUGAUUAUCUUAUCUUAUUAUUAUCUUAGCGGUAACUGUUUUUUACAGGUACGCUAGUCCACGUACAGCUGCCAUGAUUGCAAAAGCAUGAUAAAUUGUUUGUAAUUUUCUUGAUGCAAAUACAUUCUGCCUCCUAACCCUAACUAACCCUAACCCUACAUUUCCUAGGCCUGGCACAAGCAUCGUCUACUUGUUCAUCAACGUAUGGACCGAGUAUAAGCAACGGAGACAUGGGACUGGGCACAGCAUUUCAGAUAGCUCAUGAAACUGCACACUCGUAAGUAAAAUAUGUCUUCCACUGAAAAACAUUGGAAAACUUAGCAUUAGUGAACUCACCACGGUGAGUGCCUAUAAAUUAUUUUUGAUGUAAUCGAUGGAAAUGGGAAAAGGAAAGAGAGAAGCCAACUCUAAUUUAUGAUAUGAAAUAACAAUAACUAAAAGAAAUGUUGGCUAAAUGCAAUGUUUUUACGUUUUAGUUAACAAGCUCGGGUACCAAGGCCUAUUUGCUUCAGUUGAGCGAUAAGCAUUUUCGUGAAAUCAAAUAUUAAUUGACAAGAGUGAAGAGCAGCUCGUUUUACUGGAGUCUCUGGUACUAACUCAUUUUUAUUGUUCUUGCUGACAGGCUUGGUGUUCGCCAUGAUAUCGAAAGCAAUUUAACAGCAUGUCCUAAUGGAAAAUUCAUCAUGACUACAACCACAAUUGGAGGCAAUAAUGCCGGAAAAUGGUCUCCCUGCAGCCGCCAGCAAAUACAGACAAUCUUGAGGUAAAACUAUUCUUUCGGCAUUAAAAGCCACUGUGCUCGUUGGUUAUUGGGCAUAACUGGCGGUAUCUCAGUCAGGAUGCAAGGACGGCCUCGUUCCAAGUCCAUCAAAGGUUCAGUUUUGACAUUUGCAAUGUAAAGCACAUUAAAGAUUGCUCGAUAGUCUGAGUUUUCUCUGCAAAUUCUACAGGAAGGAAUUGCAGAAUAAGUGUCAUUUGAAUGGUCAAAAAUCUGGAUUUAACGCCAAGGUUAAGAUUUAGACCCCGUCUAACUACGCGAAAGAAAAUCAACCCUAGCUGAAAAUUGAUUUAUAACGCAUAACUUAAAAGCGGAGAUAUGCUACAUGCGAUUUGAAGGCAUUUUGUCGGGGGAGGGAGUAAUGAAGGUAAUUUAGUUGCAAUAAAUUAUAGAAGACCUUACUUUGUUUUGUCUUUAGUGGACCAACCUCUUGGUGUCUUGACGACACGCCUAAUAAUGUCCAUGCUCUCUCAAGCAAUUACCACCACAAACUUCCAGGUCAACUGAUCGAUGGUGACGCUCAAUGUGUUCUUCAAUAUGGAGCUGGUUUUAAGUUCUGCAGCCAAAUGCAGGUAAUAUUAUAAUAGUGUUAAAGGAAACAUUACGCACGAUUGUCCUUCUCCUUAGGGAUUAAUUUCUUAGGGGAUGGGGUGGGGGGGAAGAGGUGCAAAACCAUCUGUGGUACCUCACUGAAAAUGUUUCUGUGCAGUUUUUCUAAAUGUUCAUGUCUAUCAAAGGAUAUGGUGGAUACGUAGCAUUAACGUGGCAUAAACGUAAAGCCGUCGCAUUUGUCCCGUUAAAAGUUUUUGGUUUUAAGCUCAGUCAGAAACAAUAAAAAAUCCUGAACAGGCAAAUACGACGGUUAUACGUUUAUGUUGGAAAUGAAUCCAUCCACAUGGUAAACACAUAAUUUUAUAUUAUAUUGUGCGUUAUGACUCCUCUCAGAAAACGUACUCUCGCACAGUAUCUCGGCUUUCAAAGCACCAUACAUCAAAAAGACAAUCUUUAAUGUUAGGAAGCACUAAACAGGACAAAAGGAGGUCUAUUGCUAAUUGGAUGUAGGCUUCCUUACGUAGCGAUGUUAGGGAAAAAAGAGCCUCAAAGCUUGGUAAUCUUGCUAUAUUCAUAAGCGAUAAUACUACCCUUUUCCUAAACAGUUAUUAUGAAGCAUACCAGAUAAUAGAGGAAUUACUUCAGGACAGUAUUUUAUACCAAAAUAAAGACAAAAACAAAAACAAAAACUCUCACCUGCUAGGGUGGUUUUUGGACAUAAAAUCAGAACUAGACGGGAGCUAGAUCACUCUAGAAAGUCAACCAUAACAUUCCAGCCAUUUCCUCUAUAUAUGUGAAACUAUGUAUUUAUUUUAUAAGAAAACAUUAACAAACGAUAUGCACUUUCCCUGAUCGUUAAUCCUUUUAAUUUUCCUAGUCAAACUGUGGUUCUUUGUACUGUACCAAAGAUGGCUUGUCCUGCCCUAGCAAUUUCGCUCCCCCUGCAGAUGGAACGAAGUGUGGAGAACGAAGAGUAAGUAUUCAAUUGGUCAAAUUCUUGUACCCUAACUGAACAUUGACAUUCUACUAAAACAAGACUUGUCCUGUUAUCAGAAACGUAAAGCCUAUUUAAAGCCAAUCUACCUAAGAUCGUGUAUCAUGAAGCAAAGUGUCAAUGAAGAUGCUAGCUGUGAGUUGUCUUCGCUAUGAACAAUUUGUAUCGCGCAUAUUCCCUUAUAAAACUGAUAGAUCGUUAAAAAGGAUGAAUAAGAAAGACAUUUCUUGGCCUCUUUAUUACGACGACAUCAUUAAAUCACAGCCUUCUUUCAAUUUAGUGGUGCAUUAAAGGGGAAUGCGUCGAUGAUGGAUCAUCAAUGACUGACGGAGGGUGGAGUGAGUGGUCAGACUAUUCAGCUUGUUCAUACCCCUGUGGGGGUGGAGUGCAGUACAGAUCAAGGACGUGCACAAACCCCCCGUAAGUUCAACUUUUUUUUCGUUAUUUCAUUUAUUUUGACAUAUCUUUUAAGACGAACUAUAUAUUAAAAGCAAAUAGGUAUGUACAAAUCUACGAGCAAUAGAUCAUACCCGUGAGUUUAUACCAUCAUCGUUCAUUCUAGACCACAAAAUGGAGGUAUGGAUUGUGAAGGAGAGAGCAUUGGUCACUGGAAAAUAUGCAACUCACAGGUAAAUUUAAAUUUAAAACAUUUUACGUAGAAAUUUGUUUUUUCUCUACUCUUGAGGUCAGCAAUUUUGCAGUUUUCUUUGGAUCUUUAUUUACAGGCAUGUUCUGAAGGAACUCGAACUCACAGGCAGGAACAAUGCGAAUCCAAGGCUGUAGGAUCAGUACCAUAUAUGAUGGCAGGUACAACAAUGAGUAUCCCUUAAUGUGAUUAAAGGGUUGCCUUUGCAGGAGCCAUGUAACGGGAAUUUGCAAGGUGAUCUUGUUCAUCGGUUUAUUAUGGCUAAGUUUGAAUUUCUGACCAAAAAAGCCCUUUUUGUUAGAACUUUUUCGUUUCGUUUUUGUCCUUGAUGUCUCUCUAGAUAUACGGGGAAACCGUCUCUAUGGAUCUACACCUGUAAAACAAACAGUGAACAUGCGCAAGGCUUGUGUUUACAACUUACUGUGCCUUUUUUUGUAUGAAACUGCCAACCCAAUCGUCAACCUCGUUUUGAUGUGCGUUGUCACUGAAAGGCAAUAUGGUAACAUCGUAUUGAAAUUUUCUCAAAGUUAAUGAAACAUAUGUCUGUGUACUUUUCGAACAAGGAUUCCACGACUUUGGGUAGGAACUAACAAAAGGAUUUGGCCAAGGGAAUGUGCCAUAUAUCUUGAAUAUAAAUUGUGGACUUCUAAGGCAUACCAUCCGUUUGUUUAGAUACAAUUAAAAUAACUAAAUGUAUAUUAAAAUAACUAAAUGUAUUUUUAAACAAGAUAAGGCAACUGAGGUUGCACAUUCUCUGAAAUAAGAGGUACAAUCACUCUCCUUCGUUUGUAGAUAAAAAUCCAUGCGACUUAUACUGUAAAAAAGGAAGCAUGGUGUAUCCAAAGGGAAAAGUGGAGGAUGGAACUCGGUGUAAAAUGGACCCGAAAAACAAAGACGUCUGCAUCAAAGGAAAGUGCAGAGUAAGUAAAGUUUUAGUGAGGUUUAGCUCUAGCAUGGCUAGAACUGGCUAGAAUUUUCCAUAGCUUGAUGAAGACUAAAAAUUUCUGAAUGACCGUUCCAUUCAUGUACAAUUUUCGAAGCUUAUCUAAUGAAUUCCCUACGAUGCUAUUGGAAAGAUGAUUCAUUACUUUAAACCCUGGUAUUUGGUGGUCAAUAAAUAAACCGUUUCGUUUCCUGUAUCUCUUUAUUUAGGCUGUUGGUUGUGAUAAUAUACUGGAAUCCGGUGUUAAAGAAGACCGCUGUAGAGUGUGUGACGGAGACGCAACAUCUUGCAAAACUAUAGGCGGAAAAGUCACAAACCCCUGCCAAGGUCUGAAAGCAAAACCAAGAGUAUUUUACUUUAAAUUUGCGCCUAUGCAAAGUAUAAAUGAGAAUGAAGCAAUUGAUUACACCCUCGUAGUUUCACAGAGAAACUGUCCCUACCAUUUUUGGCCGUUUUGUUUGUACGAACCAAAAUUCAGCAGGCAUGAAUUGGCUUCAUUAUAAAAAUGCUGGGAUCAAUAGAGUGGGAAAUUCUUUUGACAAAAUGGAAUACACGUUGCCUACCUACCGAAGUGAAUUGACCGAGAGGAACAGGCAAAAGGCCAUACAGGGACUAGACAAGAAUACAGCCAUGUAUUUGCCUUCAGAGAAAAACAUUUUCCUAUCCAGUGAUAAAAAGGGCUAAAAUUGUCUGAUUGAUUGAUUGAUUACCCAGGAACUUGCACAGUUCUUGACGUUCCACCUGGAUCAACAGAAGUUCGAGUUAGCGAGGAAGUGGAAGACUGGAAUUUCCUGGGUGAGACUUAAUGUUAACCCUGGCAGUGUUCAUUGUGCAUUUGUUAAUUUAACUUCCUCGCUGCAAUAGUUGGCUAUAAUUUUUAGCACAUUACGUUAUGAUCACCCAGUGAAUAUGUAUAUAGAUAUUAGCCUGGAGAGAUGGACCAUUAGAAAACUUAUGGCGGGGGCGGGGGAGGGGGGCGAAGUACAAAAACAAAAAACUCCCGCAAGGAAAAAUUAAAUUGAAAAAAUCAUACACGCCAAGGAACUCUACAAAUUAUUCAUGCAUUGGCCUAAGAAAAUCAUACAAGGGAAAUGUUAACGAAAAAAAUUCAUGCGGCUCGAACAUUUCCCACCCCCAUAACUUCCUGAUGGUCCGUCCGUUAGCGCUUUAUAAACAAGUAACAACUAAAACUUAAAAUCACGAGUUUACUUUUGAGUUUGCCCCCCACAGCAGAGUGUUAACAAGUGGAUUGUAUUUCAGUGAGAUGUAUCGUGAUUAUCGUUUUGAUUACUGGAAUUGAAAAGAUAUAUACCUAUUGCAAGUGGUUUAAUUUGGUGCAAUACUAUAAGUUAUUUUUUUCUUUUCUGAUUGUUCUUACCAACUGUGAAGAACACCAAUUCUUCUUUCCUAUGUAUACAUUGUUUAAGGGGUGAAGAAUGAGGCAAAUCAGAAUGUGUAUAAUGUGGGAUAUACUUGGAGUACAACUGCAGAGGCUGCCGGAACUAAAGUUUAUUACACUCAUGAAAAGAAUGAGGAUGCUGAUAAAAUUUACAUCCCUGGACCGACCAACGCCCAUCUGUAUGUCUACGUAAGUUCAACCAGUUUUAAACUGUGCAUCAAUGCUGAACAUGAUUCUUGUAGCCUAGGUAAUGAUAUAAAAGCCACUUAUCUGAAGGCUCAGACCUGGUGCUCGGGUUCUGUUAUUUGUGUAUAAAAUUGAUCUUUGGAUUGUCGAAACGUCGUUUGUUUUUUAUUGUCAUCGGUUAAUCUUUGUUGUUUCUAUAAAUUAAACCCGCAGUACUGGCAAUUUGUCCAAAGAGCACCAGUUGACUUCGCUAUUACAGAGCCUCUCAGUGCUAAUGAAGCUCCGCCAGUGAUAGAAGCCAUAUGGGAGGUCUCUAAAUGGAGCACGUGCUCUCACUCAUGCGCAGGAGGUAAGAAGGGAUCAGACAGCUGUUUUUUAGCUUAUUUCAGAUGAUCAUGAAAAUGAAAGAGACGCCGACACGCACGCCCCACUAAACCACACCCUAGGUAUCUUAGCACAUCUCGUCAUAGCUUAAAAAUUUAUCUGAGCAGUGAAUUCUCAUUUCUGUUGUUUCUCUACGUUAUUUUUCUCAAGGUGUUCAGACACGAAGUGUGGAAUGUGUUGUAAAGGAAGAUAAGUCGUACCUGAGUGACGCUGUUUGUAUUCGAGACUCCCGAAAGCCAGCUACUGAACGUCAAUGUAAUACCCAAAAAUGCAACCCGUUGUAAGUAAAUUGCAUUUACUGUCGGAAAACUUUACGUUGGUCCAUUUUAAGCAACAUGGGGAAGUAAAUUAGUACCAGCGGACUCCAGAAAAUAGAAUAAUUCCAAGCUGGAGCUUGAACUUUGAGAUUUCGCAAACAUGUCUCCAUUUACUCUCCCGAUACUUCAACGUUUCUUACUACAAAGUAGUUUAGCGUUAACUGAAAAAAUUGUGUGAUUAUCAUUCUUUCAUCUGGAUCUGACAACUCAAUUAAAACAUUUACUCGCUUGUUUCAGCUGGUACGUAUCAGGUUGGCGACCCUGUUCUAGAACAUGCGGUAAAGGAGUUCAAACACGCAAGAUUUUGUGUCGACAGCAAGUAUCCAGAGGCCAAUAUAACACAUUACCUGACUCAAACUGUGCUGCUACAAAACCAGAGGGCCCCGAGACACAGGACUGUAACAAAAUUGACUGUCCAGCGGAAAAAUUCCCGGGAGAGUGGUCAUCGGUAAGAAGACCUCUAAAGAUAUUUAAAAAAGGAAGAGAAAAAAUUCUGCGCGAAAAAAGGAAAUCAGAUAUAUUGAUGGCCAACAUACUUGGUACUUCUUGAUAUGUAAGCCGUUGAUGCAGCCACGUUUAUAGGGGGGGGUCCCUUCUCUCACGCGCUCUUCUCAACCGUAAAAGCGCCACUUUUAAUAAAAUACAGAAUAUAUGUUGACAUGACAUUCUAGUAAGUACCCUGAAAAAAUCCUAAAUACAUCCCUGGAUGGAUUCAGUUUCUAGCGAUCUCUCUGUUUCCUCUCAGUGUUCCACUUCGUGUCGAGCCGGGGUAAAAACGCGUUCAACUUCAUGCAGGAGACUGAAAGAAAAUGGUGCGUAUGAAUCUGUACCGGAAGUCAUGUGUUCUGCUGCUAUUACGCCAGUCCUUCAGGAAGACUGCAAUCAAGACUUACCAUGUCCAGGUAUUUCAUAAAGCAUAUACCACAAUAAUAAUAAUAAUAAACAAUUAAAUUCAUGAUCAAGACCUCUUUAAGAAACAUGUGCCGCGCGUUUUCUCAAUUCUUGCAAAUACAAUAAAGCUUCUUAAAUCCUUACUAAUCUUGAUUGCUGACAGACAUCGUCUCCACGUUACUUUUACUCUUUUUUUCUAAGUUUUGCUACUAAACACUCAUUACCGCGAUCAACGGUCCCUUAUCUGUAUCGCUGUUUUCCUUCCACAUACCUUACUUAUGCAGGAAGUUGUUUGUACUGAUAAUUAACAAUUAAUGAAUGAGGCUGAGCAUCUUAUGAAGAAUCAUGGAGAUCGAUGAGGGUGUUAUCCGUCGAGGCCGUAGGCCGAGGCGGAUAACACCCUCCGAGAUGUCCAUAAUUCUUCACAUGAUACGAAAGCCGAAUUCAAUAAUUGUUUUAUUAUUCAUUCAAAAUAAUUCCUAGUUUAAAAACAAAGCUAAAACAUGCUUACCUCCAUCGAUGUUAAGUUCACCUUCGAUAGUGCACGUUUAGGGUUGUUCAGCUCCCCAAAUAUUCUCCAAAUAGCAGAUGUCGUCGUUCGAGUUGUGUUCUUGCUGUUCUUGCCAUGUUUUUAGCUAUAAUUUCGCCCAGUUCUUACUCUUGAAAGGAGUGAAAUGUCCACCAUUUUUUAUUUUCACAUCCAAAACAACUCAACCUCGUCCCCAGGUCUUCUCGAUUAACGGUGCAUUAACCAGCAAGAACGUUGCAUUUUUGACGCCAUUUCCUAGUGAAACACAAAAUUCUUCCAAAUUUGGUCAUCAGUAACUGGUUAUGGUGAAUUAUGCGGGUGCUUUUAGCCAAUCAGAAUCGGAGAAAUAUUUUGAAUGAAUAAUAAUUUUAAUUAACAAGGGUUAUAAAAAAAAUCGCUAACUCUUUUAAGAAAUAUUCCCUACUUCAUUUGUGCUAUUGGCGAAUGAAAAUUAUUCUCCCUUUGAUGGAGUUUAAAAUAUCAAAAGAUUACUGCCAAAAAGCCUUAAUUCAUUACCAGGCCUCAUUACAGCACUGCCCGUGAACCGCCCUCUUUAGACUGACUUUCAAUGCUUUCGAUGUGGCGUUUAUUUGAAGGUGGCGUCUGUUGAACUAUCACAUUUCUUAAAUUACUGACACCAUUUACGUUAAAUAUAUAUUAUGUAAAAGCAAAACAUGUUUAAAGCUCCAUGUCUCGCUUUUUUGCUGUUAUAGAAUCACAAUUGACUGGCUAGUUUACAAUAGGUUACCAAGUUGCACAGUACUUGUUCAUUUUUUUCGUAUAAUCCUCGAAUAAACACCGCAUCCUACUGCAUAAGUGCGGCGUUUAUUUAAGUGCGGCAGAUAUCAGUAUUUUUUGCUUCCGUGUGUAAUUGAGUUCGGCGUUUGUUCGAGUGAAUCCCUGCGAUGUUAUUCAGGGUGGAGUAGUUGUACUCCUGGGUUCUAAUCUCCGUUCAUAAGGGCCACUCUGGCUCUAGGACAGUGCAACUUUACCUUCAUUACGCUUGUGAUUUCCUUUGUUUUCUCUUUUGAAUUAUUGACGAGUUUGAGAACGUCUUUUCUGACAGGUGAUCGAAAGUAUGUGCCUCUGGGAUGUUACUGGGACAAACCAGAUAGCCGAACACUUCCAAUCCUAAUCAGGAAUUUAAGGAAAGAUAUUAACUGGAAAGACAUGUCCUCGACUAUAGAUACGUGCGCAAACCUAACAACCGCACGUAACCACAAAUUUCAAGUGUUUUCGAUACAGUUCUACGGGGAGUGUUUCUCUGGUUAUGAUGGUCUGAAAACUUAUGACAAACAUGGUGCGCUCCCGUAUAGCGACAAGAUAACUCAAUACUGUUGGGCAGGCGUUGGAGGUCGAGGAACCAACUUUGUAUACAAGUUUACAAAUUAGAUAGGUUAGUAAGCUUACUUAUCGUAACACCCCUGGGUAAGUUAUAUACUGAACUUAAUAACGUUUUAGACUGUAGUACUUUUUAUAUACCGAUAAUUUGAAACUGAAAGCAAUGUAUAUAAUCAACUGUGCCACUGUUUAUUCCUUCCAUUUCCACGUUAGGCCUAAGAAAAAUUCUGAGCCUCGAAUUACGUCUCUGCGCUGCUUAAAAUUGAACCAAUAUGUCGAGAAGAAUUUCAGUAAACAGGGACACGCAAAGACGGUUUCCUACUAAAUACAAUUGGUAUUAAGCAAACUCUUUUACUGUUUUACUGUUCCCGAAAAUUUUAGAUGCAACCAAUUUUACGAUGGAGAUAAUUUUUCUGAUUCCUCUUUCCAUCACAUUUUUGAAUCCAAAAAUUUUAGGUUUCUUUUUUUCUUCGAAAAACAGCCUAACCUUAGGAGCAAAAUGUGAAAAAUUAAACUUUAGAAGAUCGUAGGGAAUUCAUUACAUGAACUUCGAAAAUUGUACACGUAUGGAACAGUCAUCUAGAAGUUUUUAGCCGUCCUCAAGUAAAGAAAAUUCUACACAAAAUUUGCUUCUCCGAACAGCUAUUUUACAGAAAACAGUCUAUGGGUGCCCCUGAACAAAAAUUUUGUUUACAAAAAACAAAAUUUUGUUUACAGUACCAUAAUCAAAACAGAUGCCAUCAAUUGUUGUUGUUAUUAUUUGUUUUUACUUCGUAACCAUAUUCUUUUGUAUUGAAUAAUAAACUGACUUCUUUUAAUCAUCAGGAACGCUGUUGGACCGCUGAAGGAACAUGCUCAGUCAAUGGAACAUAAGUUACCUGUUACUCAUAAAAGGAUUUAGUUAGUAAUCAUCAUGGAAUGAAACAGUGCACUUUCAAUAACACAAGAAUGUAAAACAAGUGAAAAUUAUCGAUCAGUACUAAGUUGAUCAGUAGCUCCGGUCAAAAUGUAGAAACUUGAGCAAAGGGGAAAAUAAAGAUUUCUAAUCCAACAGAGGUUGUUUGAUUCCUGGUGUUACUAUGACUUAUAAGCUAUUAUAGUGCCUGACUUAUUUCCCUGGGCCAGAUUGUUCAAAGCUGCGUUAAAAUAACCUAGGGUUAGUGCGAGAUUUGAUUUCAGAUUUGAAAGCUUAAAAAGCAUUUCCGUUUUAAUUCUUUUUGUCUGAUUGGAAGCUCUAAAAAUAACAGAGAAAAUUAUCCGAGAAAAUGCUUUUGAACACAAGAAAAAGACACCCGGGUUAAGGGCUAAUCGACCUUCGAAUAACUGGGCCCAGUAUGAUGCAGGUGCCGUUUGUUCAUUUGGCGGGUUCACACUAGAAAAAAAUUCUGUCAGGUUACUGGUUUUUCGAGCUGGAAAGAUGAGGGGAAAUCCCUGCUCUGAUUGGCUAUCGAACAGACUAAAAAAUUGGCUAUACAGUAAAAACCCGCGAGUAAGAACAUCGUGGUUUUUAAGAACCUCUUAGGCUAAAAUUUUCCCGUUCAGCCCCCUCUAUACAAGACCUUGCUUAGCCUAAAAUUUGAAACAGGUACUUAUUUUCUAAAAUCUUACAAAAAAAAUAUAUGUACACUUGGGCAAAUAAGAUAGGUCAACAUCCAAAAUCCACUUUGGAGACAGAGCUGCCUUAUUACUCCAACUGCAAUUGUAAUGAUAUACAGGUUUUUACCUAACAGUGACUGACGUUUCGACAACCUGUGCGGUAGUCAUCUUCAGAGUCAAAGUGAGUUGUUUCACGUUAGCUGAUGGUAUUAUACUCUGGUUAUUGACCUGAUUGGUCGUCUGCACUGACAGACGACACCAAUAACAUCGCGACGUAAUUGACCAAUCAGGUCAAUAACCAGAGUAAAAUACCAUCAACUGACGUGCUACAACUCACUUUGGCUCUGAAGAAGACUACCGCACAGGUUGUCGAAACGUCAGUCACUGUCAACAACAACAGUCUGAUUCAGGACUACGUUCCCCCGGACGAUCAAACUCAACCUACUUUUGAAAUGACUCCUGGGUUCAAACCUUUCACAGAAAUAAAUAAGCUGCAUCGUAGGCUUUUAAGGUGCUAGGGAUAGAAAUGUGCAAUGUUUUCUUAUCAACUACACUCGAAUGAAUCGCGAGUCCCUAUUUGCCAAGUUACCUGGCGCUCGUAUCAGAUUCCAAGCGAUAAUUAUGUAGGCAUGGCAUAAUCCCUUGAUUCCAAAAUCAUGGUCAUGGCCCGAACUGCAUUGUUAAAAAAUAUCCAAGACGCUAAAACUGCUAUUUCAGUUUGGUUGGAACGGACAUUUAUGCUCCCCCUCGUAGCUGAUUUGCUUGAUAGAUACUAAAAAAAGGCUGAGUACUUUCAACUGCUAUCACAUUUUUCCCAAGAAAGCUUUAAGUUUUUGGGUUGUUUUACUAGUCAUAUCCUGCUUUGUGAAUCCCCUUAUAAUUCUUGUCAAGUCAUUGUAUAUUAACAGCUGCCCGGCUUGUAAAUACCGUAGAUUUACCGUCAAUCAAGAUACCCAAAUAAUGUUCUGCAAAAAUACAAAUACUGCAUCAUGGUUAACCCGUUGUCUGUCUCCAUCUGCUCUUUAUUUCUGUUUUAAUUCUAUGUAUGCGCUGAGGUAAGUAAAGGAUUUAAUAACGCUAUAAACAAAUUUAUGCAACAAAACUUAAUUUCUACUUAGUAGUAAAGUGCCCUUUUUGCAAGAAAAAGCUUUGAUAAGACUAGCGAUUGUAAUUAGUACAUAAAAAUAGCUCGCUUUUCAUAUCUAUUCAAAGUUCAAUGUUCCCUUAUCUGAAAUCUAAGCGUAUUACAUAGUCUUAUGUUAUCAAGUUCACAACGUCUACAAACGUUCCACACAAUGAAUCAGUUCAAAAAGGAGAAAUGAGUUAUUUUUUAACUUUUUUUUUCCUGUUACUUUUCUGUUGUGUUUCGUUAUUGCGUAGACAAUAUAGAAAUUCAUGAACUGGUUCUGAGUUGCUUAAUAUCCCAAAGGGUCCGUCCAUAAAAUAAAAACAUGAUAAGUUUGACCGGCAGAAGUAACUUCUCAGAGUAUGAAAGGAGCUAAAAAUGAUAUGUUUGUAGAAAAGAUCUUUUACACGUAAAGUGUACAAUAUAUCCACACCGAAGCUUCCGCUGAAAGAUGAAACACCUUUAAAGAGUCAAGAUCAAACAAACGUCUUGCCGUACUUAUUGACUCUUUUUCUGUUACGAUUACCCGAGUUUAGCUAAUAAAGAAAUUGUUCGAUCAUCAACUGUCGCCAAGAACGAAUCUAUAUGUCUAGAGUUUGGCCAACCCAGAUCAAUACUGAAUGCGAUAAUGUCUGUAAUUUUUAAAUCACAGAAAAAGAUUAAAACCUUUUAACCUUCAUUCCACGUCUAUUUUUCUCUUCUCUUUUUGAUAUAUAUUACACCCAUGUGAAAAUAAGCUGAAUAAAGUAAUCGAAAUAUUUUGCUCAUCUUGACAGACAAAUAUAGUCAGUAAAGGUCGCCAAAUUAAGUUGGGUGGGCUUUGUAAUUUCUCUGAAAAAAAAUGUCUUCCAGUAGAUAUUCUUCAAAUAAAAUGUAGUUUCAAUUUAUUGGGUUAGUUAUUGUCAACAAAUAACUGACAUGUGCUGUGUGAAAUUCAGUCUAAACCCAAACAACGAUAAGGGCAGAAAUCGAAAAAUCAGAAAAGACAGGAUCGGUCAUACAAAAGCUUAUUCCGUUGGAAGAGACAUCUGAAGGCCCAGUGUGAAAAGUAAGGAAAAACGGAAAAGAUUUUAGUUUCAGUAUUUUCUUUGCAUUGACGAAGAUUGAUUUAGCACUUGAAAAUGGACAAAUAUUUCACGUCUGUGUACAAAAAAGCCUACACGUCCUGUUAGACCUGUCUGAUUCCCUUUUCCGGUUGUCAAACAUAAAUAAUAUCUGCCUGGCCACUCUAAACAAAAUGUAGAAAGGUUUUACUGCGCUGAUUGUGCUGAACCGUCAUUGUCCAUUGGUUAACGUGCAUAUUUGCUACAUUUACUAAGGUAACAUUUUAAAAUUCCUUUGUUAGGACAGCAAGUUGUGGGACAAGUAAUAACGGAAAAUUUGGUUGCUCUGUAUGCAAAGUUUAGAGGGAAAAUAUGAAUGCAAAUUUUUGGUCGUCAGGAAAUCAUCCUUUACCAAAUAUCACCUGUCAGUGAUGGAAGCAAGUGUAAAAUCGAGCAUACUGUCGAGCCAUUAGCAACGCUUUGGUGCCUUAACAACCCAAGAAUUAGAAGUGUUUUUAUGUCGAUUUCUAGUAGUUGUUUUCAAAUCUGAAUGAUAAUCACUUUAACAAAAAAAGUCAAUUGUAACUGUUUUUGUUAGUUUCUGUCCACCGUCUUAGUAUCCCUCCGAAUGACGUCGAUAGUGUUUUUGUAUGUACCUCUAAUUUUUGAUGUUUAGGAACAUUCUUCGAAUAAUUGAAGCGCGAGGAACACUUCCUUGAAUAUAUGGAGAGAUUUCACCAAAUUUCUUGGCAUUAAGGAAAACAUAGGAGUUUUAACCUCAAUUUGUUAUCCUUUGAUUUCAGCUUCUAGAAUGAAAGUAUGUUUCCCUCCACUUCACUGUGUCUGUUGGGUCUUGUCCUUAGCUUCGUAACAGCAGGUGGGUAAUUUUGGGUAGAUCGAAGCUUUCUUAAACUGCCGCAAUGAAGUUAGUAUCAUUAAAAAGGGGGCUUUGUUUGUUCUGCCUUAUUAGGGCUACUUGCGCUCUCCGAUGGCACAAUCAAGAAGGUGAGUUUUCAUACUCUUUUCAUAGGGUCCAAUUUUCAGUCAAAGAUAUACUAAAAAGGGAUGAUGUGCACGGCGAUAUAACAUAAAACAAUUGACCCCAAGUGUCUUUGUUCUUGCUUAGGAGACUGCUCUACAUCAUCGGAUGACCAAGCGGGAAAUAAGGAAAUAUUUUGGAACAAACUCACGCGAUGAAGGUCAGCGGUAUUCCUGGUCCAUCUCUCAAGCCCCAAUCUGCAAAAUUAAACAAAAGACAGGGUUUAAGCUGCGGCUUUUUUUCUGAUAAGAAAUGUAUCUUAUUGUAAAGGUGUUGCCCAGUUUGUGCAGAAGAUGGCCGCAGUCUACUGCUCAUUAGUGGUGGUUGGCUCUUAUCUGGCUUGUGAAUAGGAAAAUACAACAAACAAGACUGUAAUCCUAGAAUGAAACAAACAAGCGAAUGCUGGUCCUUUAUGGGCACUGCACCAGAUACUGUUUUCUAUCGUUUAGCAGUUUUCUGUAGGUCUUCUUUUUUUUAAAGUACUAUUUGUUUGUUCAGUUUGUUCCUCUGUGUUGUUAUUGUUAUCAUAUAAUUUCAGUGCCGAAGUAUGAAGUCAUUUCACCUUUCCAAGCUGAUGAGACAGGUCAAUUUAUCACGCAUGCGCUUCACAGACGAAGUCGUAGAAAACGAUCCACAGGCCAACAACAGUUCUGGUUUUACAGCGUGAAUGCAUUCGGUUCGUCACUUCAUUUAAACGUCACCAAAGCAAAGAACAUUCUGUCACCAGGAUCCAUUGUGGAGACAACUCAUGAAAACGGCAGUAUAUCAUACUCAACUCCACCAAAGAAUACGUUUUACAGGGGUCACGUGGUGUCACAACCGGGUUCUGCAGUUGCCAUUAACAACUUAAAUGGAUUGGUAUGAAUAUCGCAAAUGUUCUCUAGUAUAAAACAGGGAAAUAAGUUAAUUUGGUUGCAACUACAUUAAUAAGGGCCUUUCUUUCAAUUCCCUUUGUAAAAAACGCAGCACACAACUUAAUUCUUCACUCUUUAUUAUUGCUAAAAGUGAAUACACGUCGAUUUACAUAAUGAAACUACAAAAUCCCCAACCCACUGAGCAAAUAGAUCAUCAUGAAACACCGUCACACCGAGGGUUAUGCAGCAGUACACAGAUGCAUUCUUGUCUAAGUCGGCUCCCUCUUACCUAAUAUCCUGAGGUUUAAUAGUAAAUUCAUACACAACCUGCUUUCAUUAAUCAUUUAUAAAUCAUUCUUAAAUAAUUUCGUUCAGUUUACUUACUUAUUCAUUCAUUUAUUUUUCAUUUUAAAACAUGAUUUUGCUUCAAACUGAGCUUGAAAAGGUUUAUUUUUUUAGUGUCUUAUCCUCUGUCCCUUUUUUGGCUUACAUAUCACUUGACACUAGUGUUGUGAUUUCUCUCUUCAGACUGGUAUGAUUAAUAUCAUGAAUCAGGCGUUUUUUAUCCAUCCAUUACCCAGUCACAUCGCAAAAGAUUUUGAUACAGUUAGUGGAGCCCAACCUCAUUUGAUUUAUAAAAGAUCGCUACAAGAUAUCAUUGGACAGCAAUGUGAUGUCAAAGGUAAAUAAGCUGAUGUCGUGUAAAGCAACAGGCUUACUUUAUUCUCGGAAUUAACGCAAUAUGGUCAUUCACUCUUAGGACACAUUCUUAAGACACCACACAUCCGUAAAAAAGGGGAGAGUUUCUUAAAAAACGGUGGUUUUGUGUUGGUCCGGCAGUAAAACAGAGAAGGCGGCGUUUCUAGCAAUAGCCCUUUUUAAUUAGCUCUUUGUCAGAGUGAGCACCAGCAUUCCAAACGUCAGCUUCUCUAGCUCCAACCUUGUUCCAGGGCUUUUUCCCAUAGAAAGGACUACUCUUUAGAACCUCUUUCGUAAAUCAUCAACAUAAUAGCAUUACGUUUAAGAUACUUUGCAUUGGUUAAUGGUAAAAAUAAACGGGAUUGCCAACUUUUCUUUGUUAUGGCAUUUUAAUUUGUUUUCGUUGUGAUUAUUUUUCUUUUAGGCCUUGAAAAGCGAAUCAAAAGAAGUUCUAAAUCUAUCAGAAGUAAACAAUCACGUAACGAACGCUCGACAUCACACAAACAUUUGGAAGUUGCUAUGGUGGCAGAUGACUUGCUUGUUAAGAACCAUGGAGAGAAAGACCUGGACAUGCAUUUACUUAUGUUAGCUCACUUGGUAGGGAAAGCCAAAGAAUUGUUAUUGAUUGAUUCAAAAUGAAUAUAAAACAGAGAAUUUUUUUUACCUUUUUACAUAAUAAUCCUUAAUAUAGUAAUGUAACAAUUUUUAUCCUUUUAUCUUAUAAUUUUUUUAAGAUGUCUGUAAUUUUUUAUUUAUUUUAUUUUUAUUUAUUCAUUUUGUUUAUGACUGUUCUGAAAACCACUCUUGUGAGAACGCCCCCUGUAUAAAGAUUAUUGUUAUUAUUGCUAUUAUAUUAUUAUUAUUAUUAUUAUUAUUAUUAUUAUUAUUAUUAUUAUUAUUAUUAUUAUUACUAUUAUAGAGAAUAUCCUCCUUUUUAAAUUGAUAUUCCAUUUUUUGGUGUUUCCCAACAGACUCAUCCUGUUUCAACCAUCUCUCUUUCGUUUAAGGUUCUUAAUACUCUUAAUUAGUUUUUACUAUGCUAAGAGUACGAAAUAAAUGUCCAAGCAUUGCUGAACAAGUUACUAUCAUUCACUGUGGAAAAAAGUGAGGACUAUUAGAGGUCAUCGAACUCCCCUUAAGAACGUUUGUAACAGGCAUAAAGAUAUCUAAACACUGUUACCGAAAAGAUUGCUCUUUUGCUGUUGCGAAGACAUAAGAGAAACAAUGAAUUCUAAACUCAGAGCAAAACAUUUAAGGAAAGCAAAGUUCGAAUCUCGUGUAAUUUUUAAAAAUCGCUGAUAAAGUUCGUUGUGCUCUGAGUUUUGGAAUUUGAUGUUUUCUUAGGUAUAAAAAAGUAUUCAAUGAACGUAAAUCAUCAUUUUGUUGCUUUUAGGUCAACAACAUGUUUCAUGACGAAAGUAUUGGGGAAAAGAAACUAGCAUUUGUGGUAGUGAAAAUUUAUAUCAAGAAGGAUGGGGUGAGUGUAUAAAAUUGACAAUAUUAAAAGUGGAUUUUCUUACAGCGGGUCUUUGAUUAAAUGAUUGCCUCAUUCAUUUUUUCCUCUUUAGCUUGGUUAUGAUUCGUCUGCUAAAAAUCGAGAUCGGCUAGAUAAGCUUACGGAUUGGGGCUUGAACAUGUCACUAUCAGAGAAAGGUCCUGCUCAUGCUGAUCUUGUCGUUCUAUUAACCGGGUAAGUAGUGACCGAAUCUGCACUUAAUUCAAGAAAUAAAAACCAAAUCUCUAGAGUCGUGAAGAAAAUUCAUGUAUUUAUCCAACGUAUUUCAUGCCAGCCACUCCUGUAUACACAAAAAGGCUAGUCCCUGCAUAGAACUGUGGUAAAACUUAGAAGAUAAAGCCUAGGUAAUAUCAGGAAACUCAGCAGCUGUCUCAGUUAUCCGAGAGCGAAGGACUUCAAAUACGAUCGAUUUUCUAUUACAACAAACCUUAUUCUCGUUACCCGCCAUCUUUGCGCGCGCUGAAGGACUGAUGGGAUAAUAGUAAUGUCACGUGGUUCUCAGAGGGCAAACAAGUGAAACAUUUUGCUGAUGCAAGAAAUCGCGUUUGAAUUUGUUUAUUCUAGACAAAAGAAAAUGAAUAACUUUUCAUCUUAAAGCUAGUGAUCGUUGUUACUUUUUUAAGAUGCAAUAGCGACCGUAGAUGUCCUAAUAGCAAACAAUAGUGACGUAAUCUUGUCGAAACUCGAAUUGCACCUUUUGCAUAACUACAACAACAAUAAGCUUUAUUUGCCGCAUUACUAUAACAAAGUAUUACAGUAUAAUUACAAAAGCUGCUUGAAUUUAAUUACUGAUUCCUUUUUGAAUUAAAUAUUUAAAAUAACCUUAAAUAUAAUAAUCAUUGGUUAUUUUCAACCAUCGGGGAUUAAUUAUUCCAGAGAUAAGUUUGUCUCUCAAUUCAAAGCAAGAUGAUAUAAAUGAAAUUAAUAUGAAGUUAUUACAUAGUCAGUAGAAUUAUUUAGAUGUGAUUAUAAGUUCUCAUGUGAUUGUAGUCGUAGAAACGGUAUUUUAGGUUCUAGUUUAGAGAAGAACAUCUUUCUUAUCGAAGAGAAACUUGGACAAUCAAAUAAAAAGUGAGUUUCACCUUCAAUUCUCUUACAAUUGCAGAGACUGCAUAACUUUUCAUCACGUGGUGUAUUAUCGAAUCUACCUGCCUCAAUCCUAAGUUUGUGACUGCUUAUUCUCGGUUUCACUAAUGUUUUCCCAGAAGGGUUCUUUCUUCAGUGUUAGAUCUAGGUAGGUAGGUAGGGGGGCUACAAUUCGUUUUGAUUUUGUACUGUAAAAGUUAUGUUGAAGGAUAUGAUUCCAGUAAGAGAUAUAUUUCCUUUGCAUAAGAUCUAAUAUUGCUUAAUUUUACAUUCAUUUAGUAAAUAACCAUCAAAGCCUGAGAAAUCAUAGUCAGUCAUCUUCUUAAGACUGGAGUAACAACUAUUUUGACCAUUAUGAUGAAGGUCAACAGAUAUUUUUAAAGACUGUUUAACUAUACAAUUUUCAUCUUCUUCCUGGAGAUAGUUAAGGCAAUUUUAAAAGUAUCUUUUUGUUUAUAUCAAUGAUAAAAGGGAAUCUGCCAAGUUCAGACCUGCAUGCAACAUUGGAUGACUUGUUAUGGACUUCUAAAUAUCGUUUACAGAAGUGUAAAUGAGUUUUUUCGAUUCCGGAGUUAUCCCAUGACUUAAAAUCUGAUUUCACAAAGGCACCCAAAACUUCACUAUUGUAGGUUAAAAUCGGUGAGAUCAUUGUGUCAAAAAUUUUACUUGCAAGGGAAGGUUUCAGUUUAUUAAAAUCAUUGUUGCGUCUUAGACUAAAAAGAGGGAUGAAAAGCCUUUUGUCGAAGAUGUUCAAGUGAAAGUGUAAAAUUUCUGGAAGAUGAGAUGCGAGUCCCUACUUCAGAAUAGUCUUGUGUAAUGUCUAUCAUUUCAAACAAGGCUAUGUAAAAAAACAUCACUUUUUUUUUUCCUUUUUGGAAAACUAUUAUCUUGGUUUUCUUGUGGCUGAUUUUAAGCACCCAGGAGUUGCAAUAUGAAGAUAAUUUGUUAAAAGGCAAUUUUGCAAUCCUAAUUUCGAUCGUGAUAAUGUAAUAAGGUGGUCGGCAUAAAGAAGAGAAUUGAGUUUGGUGGCAUUUGGUAGCACAAACGGAUCAGAUAAAAUAUUGUUGAAUGAAAAAGCCAGAUCAUUUACGUAUAAAUUAAGAGAAUAGGACUUAAAAUGCAGCCUUGACGCACACCUCUAGUGUAUUGAAAAGGUUGUUUUUGGCUAUUUCCAAUCUUAAUAGAACAGGUAGAGUUUGAGUAUAACCUUUUUAUGACUUAAUAGAAGUUUUGUACAAAAACAACUGCGAAAAACAUCUUGCUAACUUAAAAUAUAAGUACAAGCAAGAAUUGGCACAAAAUAAAUAAACGUAAUGUUUCGGUUCUUAUCAAGACUAUUAUCAAACGUGAAAUGCAAGAUGGAAAAGCGCUGAACUUGAUAAAGGUGCUGAAUAUUAACAAACUAAUAAUUAUAACAAAAAUGCUGAAUUUUUGUUAUACUUUUCUCCACAUUCCUGUCAAAUUAUUAGUUUGUUAAUAUUGCUCGUGCAAAGAUGGCGUACGGUCUACUCCUACAACAAAUAACCUCCAAAAACUACUACUAAUUUUGAUUUCCCUUUCUUUUUCUCACAGGGAUAGCCUUGGAGGUAAAGUAAUUUUAUUUCUUUGGUUUAAUAUAUAGAUUUAGCCAGGGCUAAAAGCGAAGCUCCCAUUAAUAAAUUUAUAAUUUAAAUCAAACAAUAAACUUGUAAUCCACAAAAAUCAGUUAACUUAAGUGUACAUUCAUGUGACUUUUGAGGGAAAGGAUAUUAUUAAAAGUGAUUUUAGAGUGAAACAUCUUAUAUCAAGUGAUAGCCUUAUAUCACUAGUGUACAUCCAAAAGAUAUUUAAAAUCACCUUCGAUCACAUUCAAGAGCCAUAAUACUCUUGAUCACGGUAGAUUAGGCCCGUAAAACAAAUUCUUGGAAAAUAAAUCAGGCCAAUUUUUUUGCAUUCGACGAGUUUACUUUGUUUAGGCAAGCUUCGCACACCAAAUCUUUUGUUUCCUGCAGUUUGCUAUAUGUUACACGGUAAGCGUGCGUUUUAUAGCACACUUAACGUGGCGUACAAUUUGAGUAUUGGACACGCUAAGCACACUAGAUUACAACAGCAGAGGAUGACAAAAAUUAAAUGGCUUGCGUGGUCAACGAAAUGAAUCGCAACUGAUAACUAGUCGAUAAAAGGUAACUUGAAUAAACCCGGUUUUGUUACUAAAAAACAGAGAUAUACCUGUAUAAAAAGACAUAGCCUGCAGUGCAGGCGUUUCCUUUGAGCGCGAAAUAUGCUCGCGAAAGUGCCAUGUUGAAACUUCCCGAAGAGAGGAAGAGAUGGGGCGAGGGUUACUAUUUCUACUCUCCCCAAUCUUCCACUGUCAUAAAAUCAAAGAUGGGGGCUACAACAACAUUACGAACACGAACAAGGUUUCGCCCACCCAAAAUACGCCAGCGCUGCAGGCUAAAAAAGACACUUAGAUUUGUUUUAUUGAAGUUGAUUGUAACUGACUGUUCUUGAAAAUCAUCACUGAGUAAAGGGUGCAGCUGUUUUACGCACACUGAAAGAGUGUUGUACUAUUUCGCACGCAGCUGUCUUGUCGAUAUUGCACAGGCAAGGCUUUUGUUAGUAGCAGACAAAAGAUUAAAUUUGCCUCGAUGUUAAGGACCUUAGCUUAAUGGAAAAAAAAAAACAAAAGAAUAAGUUUGCGUGAUUGCUAAGCUUCUUAAGGCAAACAGGAACACUUAGGAGCGUAGCUGUAAAAGCACUUGACAUCACUGACCACACAGUGAGAGGCGUAUAAGUAUAAAAAAAAACAACCUCCAACAACAUUCAUUUCUGUGUCUAUUGAAAGUCCCUGAGUGCAAUGGAACAAGAACGCUGUUAUGCUUGCUUAGACCUACUUUUCCUUGCAAGUCUCGAAGGACGCCGUGCGUAUAAAAGAGAUUGUUGUGGGACAUCAUUUCAUCAUAAUUGUGUGAGGCCAGAAUACUUACAAUCUGAAUGUGUAUCAUGCAAUGAGCAUCGAAAAACCGUGUCAGUUCCCGAUUUAGUUGUAAUUGACGAGGAAAGUUCAGAGCUGGUCCGGUCAAAAGACUUAUGCGUUGUUUGCAUGGAUCCAGAAUCUGCUCGCAACAAACUUCUAGUAACGAGAUGUUGUAAACAAUUUGCUGAUAUUUACUGUCGUAGAAUACAUUAUCGCAUUACCGAGAUGUGCGAGAUAGCGACCAAGCUGUAGACGAAACUACAAGUAUGAAUGCGUAAGGUGGAAAACGAGAGCAACAACUUCAGUUAUUUUAUUAAGGGAAAAUACGUUAUAGAGUUUUCCCCGGAAUUCACGCGGAUUCAGCGGUUGACCAGGUCAGUUCUUGAGCAUUCGCUGGAUGCAUUGUAAAAACACCUCCUGGAAUUCACGGGGUUGCGUUAAGCGAGCUGUUGGAAAGUCGGGCGAAGUUUCCUCAAUAUAUCCGUCAAUUGUUCUAUAUCGGCCAACAUGAACAGCAAAGGUACAAAGCAAAUACCCUUCUUUACAGUUGGACAAGAGAAGCGAAAUUUUGGAAGUAAAAGCAUCACAGAGUCUACUCAGUGUUGUAUUUGCAUCUUGAAUCCUUGUUUCGUUAACCUCCGGGUUAAUUUCUGGUAUUGAUUGUCGCACAAUGAGAUCGUCUGACGGUGCUUCUCGUUCAGGUCCACUCCUGCAAACGAAAGAAUUUUCGCUAUCUCUCAAGACCAAAAUGCAGGUCCUGCAUUUGAUCUACAAUGGAACGCUUAAAACUUGGAUGUUUUAAUGUGAACAGAUUUGAAGUGAAAUUCUGCGAACAAGAACAAUUAUGGUAAAAAUUGGCUUAACUUACUUGUAGUUAAUUUUUUUGCAUGAAAGUUGCAUUUUAUACUGUAAAUAGAAGGACUAUAAUAAUGGUUUAUUAGUUUCCUAUUUGCAUCGGGCAGAAUGGCUAGACAUUUACGCAUAAUAAUGAGCUACCAAGCUAUUCAAGCAUGAACGCCGCACAAAAGCGCCACAAUAAGAUCGAGAGAAAAGGAAGGAUUUUGGCGAAGAUCACUCAGUAAAAUCGUCAGUUUAAAUACCUAUAGUCUACUUUUUUUAAAACAGCGGCGUUUUGUAGUUAGAGGGCUAUUAAAUCUUCAACGUUACGUAAAAACCAGGAAAAUUUGACGAGAAUAACUUGUAGACUUUUUGCUUUCAAAAUUCUGUUUCUUCGGUAUUUCUAGUAUGGGUUAAGAGCGCAUUAAGACUCCGUUUGGAUUUUUUUUGUCGAAAUAAUGUAUCGGUCAAAUCGAAGCUUCAACAUGCCCCCCUGGGCAUACCCCGGGCAUUUGACACUUUUGCCGUCCCGGGGAGGAGGGAAUUUGAUUAUCAGAGUCUUCCCGGGGGUGGGGAAUUUGAUCCCCAUGAUUUAGGGGUGGGGAAUUUGAACUGCACCCUCGAUUUCAUGUAAAAUCUUUGGCGCGGCGAGCUAUCAUGGGGGACGCGGUGUUAGGGGAUUUUCGUGGAAAAGAUUGUGGCUUUGCGGCCAAUUGGUUACGAGGAAAGGGCUUAAACAAGCUUUGUGUCGUAUUUGAAGUAUUUAAUUUUAUUAAUUUUAUUAUUUUUAUUCAUUUUAUGUAUGAACGUAUUUUAUUGUUGUGUUUACAAUGAAAUACAAUGCCUAUACCGGCGAUUCAAUAAAACAACAUAUAAAAAAAAAUAAAAUAAAAAGCUCAGGUCAACUACUUUGACCUACUACAAGUAUGUUAAUUAAUAAGGUGAGUGAUGAUGCAUGUCAGUGAAAUGAUCAUGAUGUAGUAAUCUCAACAGGUGGGAUCUUUUUUUAUAGAACGCUAUGUAUGUUGCAUGACGAAGAAAAGCUGAGCAUUCAGUGACCUUGUAGCAGCGAUUUCCGCCGCUUUUCACGAGACUUUUGUUCGUGUAAAUUCGCUAACAGUGUUUCUCAGUUUUUGUUAUAUUUAUAAAGAUUUUGUUCGCCAACUGAAGGCGUUUCCGCCGUCCGUCUGUCAUUUUUGUGCCUGUGAAAUGUUCUCGGGCUGGGGGCAUUUGAUCACCUGAAUGGACCCUAGUGUGGGGCAUUUGAACGGCAUUUUGACGCGGGUAGGGGGGAAUUUGAACAAUAAUUUUCAACCCGGGGGGUUGCCCGGGGGGGGGAUGUUGAAGCUUCGAUUUGACCGAUACAUAAGCAACAAACUACGUAUGAAACAACGGAUUACCGAAGAUGCACAUCUCCCAUACACAUUGACAAAUUUUUCGCCUAAAUUUAGGCAGAAGAAGUUGAAGACUUUUACCCUUAAAAAUCCGAGGUUCAAAAUCCGUGCGUGUUCAAGUCAAGUCUUUGUCUUACAGCAUAACAAUGGUUUCCAUGAAUAAACAAUAAGCAGCUAAACUCCAUUGUCAUAAACUAAAUGUAGUCAUCUGUAAACGGGGUGUUUAUAUAAAUCAGCUGAUUAAUAAGGGCUUUCGACGCGCGAAGUUUGAAUUCUGAUCGACACUGCUGGCUUGCGUUCGUAAAGUUUCAAUUAACCGGAUAAUGGCUAACACCGCGAUCGCAAAUGACUUGGACCAGGAGUUCUUUUUAGAGCUCGUAGAACCCCUGGUCCAACCUUUGCUAAUACAUAUGGUUGCACCAUUUGUAAACGGCGACGACAAGAACUUUUCCCUGCAAAUGAAAGGGAAAAUUGUGUGGGAAUGGAAGACGUUGGAAGGAAAUUUAAAGAAACUGUUUGCGGCAAUGCGUCACGGGAAGCCAGAAUCCAUGUGCUCGAUGGAAAGAAAUGUCUUACGGUGAAGUCGUUACUUCGGAACGUAGUUUUCACGGUUAUCGUUUCUUUUUACAGCCAUAUAGAGGACACAAACUUUUCGAAACCGUACAAACCGUACAAAUCGUACAAAUUGUACAAAUUGUACAAAUCGUGCAGCUCAUCUUGUGGUACAAGUCUAAUACAAGCUACGCAGAAGCUCAAGUACUUUCUAUUGUAAACGGACAAGCUUAACUAUCGUUUCUAUCGCAAGCGUUGGUCGUAAUCGUCGAAUGGAGUCUUGAAUUCUGUACGCGUUUCGAACUGUGUUUCCCUGUGAGAGAUUAAAGCAAGAUCGUAGUGUUGUUCUGUUGACUUUAAUGCACUCACACUCUUAACGCAUCAAAAAAGGUAAAAAAGAAAACGAUGCCAUCCGAAAGCGACGCAUUUCUCAACCAAAAACCCAAUAAACAAACCAGCCAUAAAGAACAGAAGACGCUUGAUAGCAGCUGUAUUGCAUUUUGUACAUCUCGGUGAAAAGACAGUAAAAAACAUCACAAGUUGACACAGAACUCUGUCAUCUUCAGCUGUCAGAGUAAACAAGUUUCAAGAUACUUCAUAAAUUAUUGGCGUGAACUCACCUGUCGAGUUUUGACCAAUUAGAGCAUAAAAAUUGGACUUAGAGCGUGACCAAUUCGUGACCAUGGUAAGAAAAAGUCUUCUCUGCCUGUAUAUUUAAAUAACUGGCUGGAUUUUGAGAACUAGUGACUUGCCAGCGGAUAACUUCAAAAAAUACUCGGCCUGGAUGGGUCGACACCUGAGCCCGCGAUACGGUCAGGUGAUAUUGGUCAGCGGAUACCCUGUUUUGACAGCUGUCAAUUGAUCACAACAUGGAUGUGCAAUAUCAGGUUGCACCUGGGCUCCCAAACUAGUUAGAAAGUGUGAGAUUAAACAUUGGUGCCCUGUGGCGCGACCGGACGGUCGAUGUACGGUCACGUAAUUACCAAAUUUUCUGGGAUGGGUAGAUUUACUUAGCUAUGGGUCUCCGCCCAAGCUCGCGCGCUUCGUACACGCGUUCAGCUCCGCUAUAAACGAAGGUUGCUUUGAGGAGCUUAUGUCAGUGUAUACUCUGUUGGGAAGUCCCAACAAAAAACAGUGCUGCAUUGAAGCAUACAGAACAUAUUCUAAAAGGUGUGUUUACGAUACUUUGCAUAUUCAAAUAAUCACUGACAUUUUGCUCAUUGCUCGUAUUUUUCUACUGCGCAACUCGCAAAAUAUCCGCCCGUAUUAUAUGCUAAACCAUCGAAUAAGGUGUAUGUAUCCAACAAACAAACAAUCAAACAGCACUCUAAAUUCAAAAGCUUCGGUGCUAAACACUAAAUUGACAAACAAAAGCCUACUGUUAAAAAGUUUAUUAUUAUGGGUACAUUUAUUGCAGCGUCUCAUCGGUAACUGUUUGGACAUUUUAACUGUGCGCAAAUACUAACGUAAGAUGUGAAGAUCCUACCUAAAGAAAACAACAAGACGGUGGCAAUAUGUUUUAUCCUUGCUGUCAGAAGAAUUGUUAGUUUAACUGGUUGUUAACUUCGUCUUGCAGCCCGACUCUUUAUUGAUCAGAAGUCGAGUCUCAAAAAAACAAGACGGUACCAAUAUGUUUUAUCCUUGCUGUCAGAAGGAUUGUUAGUUAAACUGGUUGUUAACUUCGUCUUACAGCCCGACUCUUUAUUGAUCAGAAGUCGAGUCUCAAAGGUCCUUUUCCUGAAUACUGUCCUCUGUGGGUACUCCCCGUGAUAGCCUUUACGGGGACGCUCCACCCGAAAUAGGUAGCAUUUUCAGAGUUCAGGGACACAGAAGGGUAGGAAUUGAAGUAUCCGAAAAUAUAGGAAAAUCUGUCAUUUAUGUAUUUAGAAGGUAUUUUCUAACGCCGAAUCAUUUUCAUCUCAUUGGCCUUAAACGCUACUUGCAAUGAGAAAAAGUCUUAUAUAUACUGUUAUUAGGUCUGUGGGGAGAAUAUUUUUUUCAAUGGAGAGUUUAAGAAAAGAGGCACGGCCUUUUCUCGCAAAAGUGGUGUAUAAAAGGGUAAGGGGAACUCGGGGUAGGCCGCUUUACUAGAUUGUACUCACAAAAGUAGCAUAAUAUGCUACUAGUAGUGCUCGUAUAUUUCUAUAAUUAUGACAUUGAUUAUGCAAGUUUAUGCCCAUUGUAGCAAAAAAUUCAGAAAUUAUGCUUGUGCGUUUUACAUUAAAUUUGGUAAAAACACCUCAAUAACUAUGCAACAAACAAGUAUAUGGCAAAAAAAAAAAAACAUGGGUUUCCGAGUUAGUUAUGCACAUGCUUUGACUCCAAUGGAAAGAGGUUUGGGUCUGUUCCAAUAGGAUCCAGGCCCCAUGAAUGUAACAAUAGGAAGAAAAAAAUUUUUUUCGUCACUAAAAUUUGCCUACAACCUUGAUUGGGCCUAAAAAAAAUGGUUGCAUGCCAUGCAGUGAUCAAUAAAUGACAAAUUUGAGCUUUAAAACUAGCCAAAAGAGCAAAUUGUGGUAGCAGUGCUUUUCUCAUUUUUCUGAGAUUAUGCUCGUUAUACAGAAUUAUGGCAAGAAGGAUGCUAGCACAAUCUGUCAAAAGGCUACUCGAAGGCGAAGCCUCCCCUAUAAACGUUGUUGAGUUGGCCCUCCCGGGAUACUGUUUUUGUUAGUCUAAUAGUUUCUGCAGUACCUGCAAGUCCUGAAAGUAGGACCCACCUGGGAUAAAUAAUUCAGUAUAAUUCUAGAUUCUAAAUUCAAUUCAGUAUAAAACUAGUCAAUUUUCUCUUUAGGUUUGGCAGCAUUGGGUUCUACAUGUGCAACACAGUUCGGUAGGACUGUUAACAAUGACAUAGGACUCGCGUCUGCAAUCAUCAUAGCACACGAAGUAGCACACACGUGAGUUAACAUGGCAGACUUAUUUUGAAAACACUUUCAUUGCCUUACAAAAAAAUCAAUAUCAAAUGACGGCGCUGUUUUGAAGCUUUGAGAGAUUCAAUGGUAGCAUUCCAGGAUUUCAUUGAGGUAAAAAUAAACCUCCGCUACGGCAUGCAUGAACGGGAAUACAGCGGAAAACAUGAUGAUUUUUAUUGUUUCUGUGUCCUGAUGCGGACAAAAUAUUAACCAUUAACGUUUCUCAAAUGUAGGUUAAUAUAAUGAUAAUAAUAAUAAUAAUAAUAAUAACAAACCGUUUAUUAAUCACAAUUGCAGUUAAAAAUACUCAAUUACAGGGAUAAAAUACAGGCUUCAAAAAUUUACGCUAUUUAACAAUACUACACAUCAUAUACUACUACUUCUAGCAUUUACACACUGUACGCUUGAUUGAAGACAAUAAAUGAGCCAGAACGCUUCGCACGGCACAUGUCCCUGUCGUUACAUGCCUUGGUACUACUAGUCGUCCUUGUCCUGAGGUUGUAGUCAUGAGUGUGACCUCUGCUACUUGGUAGUAAAAAGUGAUUUGGGUGACUAAUAUUGUGUAACUUCUGUAUGUAGGUUUGGAGUUGGACAUGAUGGUGGUCAGUGUGAUGAUGGAGAGUAUAUCAUGGCUAGUGCUGUUAGUGAUGGAGAAAACGCUUUCAAAUGGUCAACAUGCAGCCGUGACCGUAUGCAGGAAUUUCUGACGUUAGUAUUGUCGUUACUCUGAGUAGUAUAGUAGGGAAGUUUUAGGUCCUAUCAGCGGAAGAAUCUCAUUUAGGUGCGGCCAGACAAGUAAGCUUUGAGGAUGUUGAUGGAAUGGAGGAGAAAGAGGAGGAAGUGCGAAUGAAUCAAAUUCAGAAAGGACUUCACCUUUCUCACUAGGAAAGCUCCCUUAAUGUGGAGGGGGGCUUAGGAAGAUGUUAGGAAGAUUGAGAGGCGAAGAAGGGGAGAGCGCAGAAUUUUCUCGAUUCAAUUUAGUAUAAAUUAGUCUGCUAUAUGAACGAAAAUUUGUUAUGGCUGGAACGUGAACAACCGUGAAACGUCUUUGCAAAGUCCGAAUACGUACUUCUAACGUCUUCAAAACCUAGGAAAACUCCGUUGUUAGUCAAAACGAGCCGGGCUUCGACAUUAUUCCAAAAUCAUUAUUCCUGUUUUCCAAAUGUCGCACCAAAGGAGAAUUUUGCUUGCCAGCCAGUUACACAGGGUAUUCACUAAAAGAAAAUAUAUAUAUUUAAAAUGUCAAAUUUUUUCCAAUGUUAUUUUUCCAGGGGAUCUGGAUCGUCGUGUUUAGAUGAUAACCCAAGUGACUUUAUGCACGAGCCAAGCAUAUUUCACAACAAAUUACCAGGACAGAUAAUGAAUGGAAGUCUGCAAUGUCAGCUGCAAUAUGGUGCAGAUCACUACCAAUGUCCACAGAGAAUAGUGAGGCCAUACUUAGUUUUUUUUAUCUUAUGUAUACAGCACAAGUGGAAAUUACAAACCAUAGAUUUGAGUGUAGUAAGACCGUACCAAUUGCAUUGUAUCAUUGCUUGUUCCAAUCUACUAAAACCAAUCCAACUUCAAAGAGAGUAUUUAGGCUAUGUUCACACUAUGCCGCGGGAUCCCGCGAGAUAGCUCUUGUGCCCGACACGAAAACCUAAACGGAUAGAGAUCCCAUUCACGUUUAACAAAAGUGAUUUUGACGCUGUUUCUGUAACGUAGUGAAGUUGCGCCGCACUGAUCUCGAAAGUGGAGCGACACAUAUCGGUUUGCGUCUUUGCCACACGUUGGUGCAGUGUGAACAGGUAUUCGCACCCGAGCAGAAGUGAAUAGGUAAGAGUGAGGACUAGAAUCCACUGGAACGGAAGUAAAAAUUCAGGAGCGAGGACUAGAAUUUAGAUUACCAAACUCUCUCGUCCAACCACUCCGGCAUGAUCUUCGAUCUGUGUGAAAGACCUGUUCCAGCUCUGUACCGUUGCUCUUCAUACUAAAAUCGGAUAGCCGAGUUUUCGUGUCGGCAGUAAAAGCUAUUCAAUACAGUGUGAACACAUGUGGAGCAAAACGUGUCGGCACGAAACGCUAUGUAAUAUAGUAUGAACACAGGUGGCGCAACACGUGUCUGCAGUAAAAGCUAUGCAAUAUAAUGUGAACACAAGUGGAGCAAAACGUGUCGGCAGUAAAAGCUAUGCAAUAUAAUGUGAACACAAGUGGAGCAAAACGUGUCGGCACGUAAAGCUACGCAAAAUAGCUGGGAUUUUGAAGGAGUUACCUCCCCCACAUCCACACCUCAUUCCGGCUCAGUCAAUACGUUUAUAACCAACUAUUCGAGUUUAUCGCUGGGUUACAUUCGUUUUUUAGGCAGACUGUAGAGCCUUAUACUGCACCAAAGACGGCUACGCAUGUGUAAGUUUCCAAGCACCUCCUGUUGACGGUACUCGCUGUGGAGAUCGACAUGUGAGUGACAUAUUCAUUAACGCCAAUAAAGCCACUUUUUGACAGAAUGAAAGUAGUGUAGUAUAGUAUGAUACGAAUUGAGCCGCCAUGUUUUUGCCUGGGUAGGUAGAGUGAGAUCUCUUUGUAAGUUCGUAAUGUUAAAAUAACUGGGAGAAGGUAAAAUGACCGCAUUUUCAAAAAUGUAGACUGAGACUGAAGAAAGCAAUAAAAGGCGCACAAUUAAUGGUGUGCUUCCAAAAGCUCUGGAUUUGCCACGAAAAAUCACGCCUUUUUAGCCACAUGGGUUAAUAAAUCUAGAAAAGAAUUUACUUAAUUUGUGGAAAAUUCAUCAAGUCUGUUAAAAUCAUCUCGUGCUUUCAAUUAAAUUUGUCAGCUCGACUUUAAGCACUUUACGUUCACUUUCUGUUGACCUGUAAACCUCGCUGUUUAAACUGUGUAGAAGAUUGCCCUUGUAUUCCUUACCCAAAGAUUUUGCCAUUAUCCCUUAACCCAACCCUAACCCAUUCAGUAGUUCUUUUUUGGAGAUUAGUGACCUUUCCAAAAUUCGACAGUCUUAGAAUAACGAAAUGGUAUUUCUUUCAAAAUCAACCCAUCCACUUUCUGUCUGAGCGCAGGUUUUACUGACAACGUUGAGUAAUUUUAGUGGUGCAUCAAAGGCGAAUGUGUGGAUGAUGGGUCUCCGAUGAUUGAUGGAGGAUGGAGUGAUUGGCAGGAUACUCACUCGUGCACACGGUCAUGUGGCGGUGGUGUACGAUGGAAAACAAGAACAUGUUCCAACCCAGUGUAAGGAAAAUUUUCCAGUUUUUAUUUUUGUUACAGGGGUACUGACCCCCAAAAAGCACAAGAGCCACAAUUCCUCCCGUAAAAACGACUUAUCCAAAUGGCGACAAAAACAUCUAGGAAAUCUCAUUUAAUAUAUUUCUGAGUUUUACGCCAGAAAGCAUAAACGAUAGUCAUUCUGAUCAUCAGCAACAUGAAUGAUUUGCAGCAUUCCAAUGUUUAUUUCAAUAGUUAACAUUACUGCUGUGCUUGAUCUUGUCACACAGCCCACAGAAUGGAGGGGAAAAAUGCGAAGGAUCAGACAAGGGAAUGUGGACAAUGUGCAAUACUCAGGUAAAAUUAUUAUGUUUGAUUAAAAGCAACACGACAUAAUUCAAGUGUUUAUUCAUACAUUUUGAUGCGGGUUGUACGUGGGACCUUAUAGCGAUGAUGAUAACUGAAAUUCAUUUUGGACAUCAUGGUAUUGAUGCAGUCACCCUCGGCCCUCUCCUCCCAUUAACGUGGAUCCCUGCUGACCCUGAAUUAAAAGGAAAGUGCCGAAAGAUACAAGAGAUUAAUAUGAUGAAUCGUAAAAUAAAUCUGAAAACUUACAAUUUACUUCAACCGCAAGUUUCGUCUAUCCAUUGAUUUACUUCCUGUUUAACGUUCUUCCUGUGGUUAACAAAUCUCAUGUUUUUCCCAGCCGUGCCCUCCAGGAUCCACCGACUAUCGCCUUCUUCAAUGCCAAGCUCUUCAACCGACGACUGCUGUGCAGUGGGAAGCUGGUAAAGUACACAGGCUUUUUCUUGUUCUUUGAGAAUAACAACUGCGUUGCGCUUAUUUUUAUCAAAUUUAUUAACUUAUUUUUGCACCUCCAACACGAAACGAAAUUAUUGGUGUCGUUCUAUUAAACAGUCGACUCACGUUUUUGCGCACACCUUCGGGGAGAAGAUUUAGUGUCCGUAAUAGCGAGAGAACGAGAGAAAAAAAUGUGCUCUCUUUAAAUUUAUGAAAUAAUAUGUAAAAGUCCCAGAAGCAUUGUAGUUUCAACAAUUCUUUACUUCUUUUAACUAUGGACCAUAAAAGAUUAAAGAUAAGAUUGUAAAUAGAUGUAAAAAUGCUGUAUUAUCACUUCCAAGCUCCUGCAAUGACAAGGGAUACAUAAAAAAAGGGCUUAAAAAACCAACCCAAACUCCUCCAGUAUAACGUGAAUGGCUAAAAUGUUAACUUGCUGUCAAAUAUAAUCAUGUUUUUAUUGUUCUUGGCAGCUCUUUUAACGCAGAAAUGCUGCACAGUAUACUCAUAACAGAAACCUGUCUAACGACUUUUACAGUAGAGCGUUAAAAUAACGCAAAAUGUUUGUAAGCUCUGAUGGCAAUGUCUUUUCUCCCUAAAAUGCGGUACAGGAGCGGUCGAUAGUACUUAGCGUCUUUUUUUCCUUUAUUGUAACGUCGCUUCAUUCUUUAUAUUAUGUGAGUCGGGGUUUUUGACGAAGUACUCAUAAGUGUCCGCUAUAGCGAGAGAAAAAACAAGUGAAAUGUCGCGCUUAGGGGCAGGAACGUGUCCGCAUUUCCUUAAUAGCGGGAGUCCGUGAUAGCGGGAGUUUGUUUCAGUCGUUUCUUUACGCGUUUCGCCGGGAGUAGGGGGGUUGGGGGCUGGCUCUUGUCUGCAUUAGCGGGGUGUCCGUAAUAGCGAAGUGUCCGCAAGGCGAGAGUCGACUGUACAUUGUGCAGUAGGAUAAAGUAGGGAAAGUUGUGAUCCUGUCUAUCCAUUAUACUAAUGACAAGAGAUGGGGCUAAGGAUAUCCGUGGAGAGCACGACGACCCCAAAACGGCAAAGUAGUCAAAUAGACUCUGAGAUUGAGUCACAAAGAGGAAGACGUGGAGUACUGAAAAAAAAAAUGAGAUUAUGUUUUUGUCGUGUCGACUUAUUCACACACAUAAUAUAUAUGCUUUUUGUAGUAUAGUAUGAGAUUCCUCCGCAUUUUAUUCAGGAGAUAGGCUCAUAAGGCAAAAGACUAUGAAACUAUCGGAGUAAACGCAUCCUAAAGGUUUAAAACGUCCUUACUACACCACUUUAAUUUGUGCUAACUCUAGGUUUGUAUCACUGUACGCGCGGCUUUGGUGCGAGUAUGAGGUUUUGUUAUUAGUAAAGCAGUGACAAGCUGUGAAGGGAGCCUGUUUAGAGAAUUCAGUGUAAAUUUUCCUCCUUAGAUCCUUGCAUAUUGUCGUGUCGACAUGGAAGUAAAGUCAGAAUAUGGGGCAGAGUUAAGGACGGUACAGCUUGUGGCACCAAUUCAAAAGUCCACGAUGUCUGCAUUGAAGGGAUCUGCAAGGUUAGUGUUCAUUCUUCAGUCAGGUCAUUACAAAUCGAUAGUACACUUUGGCAGAAACCUCUGCUUUUUUAGGAAGCAAGUUAUAUAUCAAACUCAUCUAAAAUAUUCUUUUCACUAUUAUGUCAUAUUGUACCUGCAGAAUUAAAACAAAAGAACUGAAAAACAGGAAUUGGUAGUGAAUAAAACUAUUAUUUUAAAGGGCGGUCACUUAAAUGUAUUUUCUAAAAGCUUUCUUAGAAUAUUUUCAAUUCAUUGAUUAGUUUAUGUUGUUAGUAAGGAAAUGUUAAAUAUACGUGUCUUAUAAUAUAAGAUGUGUACACUUCAUUCCAGAUUUGUUAAGCGUAUUAGACAGGACUAAGUUAAGUUGAACCUUCCGUAAGCGAGCACUCAUCGUAAAUGGGGGUCUCUUUCUUCCUUUUUUAUUUUUAUUUAUUUAUUGAGGCAAGAAAAGUCGCGUGUCGAAUCGAAAAUACUUUCUCAAAACCAAACCAUGGUCACUUUAUAAAUCGAUUCUAGAUUUAUUACUACAAGUAUUAUGAAUACUUUACAUAAUUUUCUUUCAAUUUAGCCUGUUGGCUGUGAUCAUAAGCUAGAUUCAGGAGUCAAAUAUGACCGUUGUGCAGUUUGUGGAGGAGACAGUUCUACUUGUACCUAUGUCAGCUCUAACUACACUAAGAACUGGUUCAGAUGGGGUAAGAAUUAAUAGAACAUUAUUUACCUGGUUACCAAGAAAAUAUACGGUUUGUUUUAUCUUCUCUCUCGAAUGAGACGCUAUAAAAAUGUUACUAUGCAAAACGUCUUGUUAUAAUUGUCACAUGCCGAAUUGAAUUGCAACACUUUUUAUUAGUCUGCCUGAAUUCAAACCUUCCUUAUGUUCACCUGAGGGGAGAGGAAGUAACUAAGGUACCUUACCACGUUGAAAAGGGAGGCCGAGAGGGAAGUAUUUUAUCUUUAAAAGUGAACUCGAUAUAUGACGUGUUCUGAUAGAAGAUUAGUCACGCAGCAGUUUUUGAACUCACUUACAGGUUUUUUUUUUUGACUGAAAAGGAUAUAUGACGUACCCUUUUAGAAGAGUAGUCACGCACCAGUUUUUGAACUCACAUACAGGUUUAUUCCGGGUACUGUUAACUGCUCUCUGUAUACUUUUAAACACUGUGGACUCCGAGACUGCGACAGAGCAAAAAAAAAAAUGCUAACUUAUUCUGCCCUAUCUUGAUGGUUUUAAUUUUUCUCUAAUGCCGCGUAGUCGCUUAUACACUUAAAAAAUGUCCUCGGGGGAGUUAAGUUGAUAAUUAAUUGGGCGGAAUGCAAAACAGAAAGUUUUCAAAAGAAAGUACCCCGUAAAUUGUAUUAUUAAUGAUCAUUUGGCUGAUUUUUAUUUCUAAGGACCAAACGAUCCAGAUAAAAUUGUCACUGUCCCAAUCGGUUCAACAAAUGUUUUUGCCCAGAUGAGGCAUAAUACUAGAAACAUGUUAGGUAAGUAUUCUGACUGACUAGUGAGUGUAAUAACGGUUUAUUGGACAAUAUAUGAACAUGACGACUCUUCACUUGUCUAUUAACCUUAGACUAACCUACUCUACAGCGAAAUAAAAAUUAAUAAAAUAACAAAAUUAUCUAAAACAAUGUUAUCGCUAUUAAAAACUAUCAUAACGAAGACUCGCUAUCCAAAUAUCAAUUCAACCGAAUGUUUUAGUGUAAGAUUCAUGUAAGAUGAAACUUUUUUUAACAAAGAAGUUUGAAGCAAUAUCAACACGAAUUGAAACAACUUCAUAAACUAUGUUUUUCUCUCUUGUUUUUUACCUUUGUUCAGCUGUAAACUACUGUUGAAAAAAUUUAUCUUUAGACACAAAAAAAUAUAAGGAACGAGUCACAAGUAAGCGACGUGUUCACUGCUGUCGGCUUCGCCUCUCGUGGCGACGCUGUUUCCCUCUGGGUCAGCAAAAGAGUUUGUUCGCCCACUAGUAAGCGGAGAUCAAGCAAAAGAAUUCUCGCAAAAUGGGAGGUAAACAUUUUCAAACAAAACGAUUGCUCGACAUCUUGAAAUCUUUACAAAACCUCAUCACUUUAUUGAAGUUUAUAUUGCAUUUUUCUAGGAGUUGAAGACUACAGCAAUCGAUGGGUAUACAAGGUGGGAUAUACAUGGAGUACUACAGUGAAAGCCGCGGGAACACGAGUGGCUUACGAUCACGAGUCCUUCGUGUGGAAAGAUAAGGUGGAAAUUCCUGGACCCACCGAAAAAGUUCUAAAACUCAUGGUGAGUGCAAGCCUCGUCUUUCCUUUAGUUAAAGGAGACUCUGGUUUGUAUUAGAGGCUACGUUUUAAUGGUCCCAUAUCGAAAGUGGAUAUAAGUGCUUGGCAGCCUGUGAAAACAUUCCUUUGACAGGUAGAUUACUGUGCCCAAUUCGCUCUCUUCGUUAAUUAAUACACAUUUUUUUAGGUAAUUGAUAUAGAUAUUCAUUAAGUGUGGUUUCCGUCAAAUAACACUUUUAAGUGUUAUUUGGUCUUAAAAGAGCUACAAAAACAUUAUGCGGGUUACGACCUUACAGAGAACCUUUUUUCCUCCUUUCUACUGUAGUUUGUUCAUAUCGAAGGCGGUAACCCUGGAGUAGACUUUCACUUCAUGUCACCACAGAAAAGCAUAGUAUCUCCUUACCAGGUCAAAUGGAAGGUAGAGGACUGGGGAGACUGUUCUGAAGACUGCGCUGGAGGUACGGUGAUAAAAUAGUUGUACUUCUGGGUUUAGUGCAGGAGAGUUAUCAGAUGUUCAUGCUGAGGGAAGCAAGGAAAUGCCAAAUUAUCAUAACUUACUGCUAGAAAAAAUUGCCAAAAGUCGAUUUAUAAAGCGAGAAACGUGGUCCGAACCUCUUUGUAUGCGUAUUAGUUACGUUUUUGAAUCGCGUUUUCAAGAAGGAACUAUUUAACCGAUUUAAAAUAGGGACAAACACAAAGUAAGUUUGAUGAACAGAAGUUCUUUAAUCUCACGAUCAGCCCGCAUUCAGCAUAAAGUUGUUCUUCUUGUAGAGUUAGGUGUAUUCGCCGUAGGUUUUUGAAUUCUCAUUUUCUUGCAAUGGCGCUUUGGGUAGGAAUAUCCUUUCAGUUAGCUGGAGGUAGUCCGUCGGCAAUCUUUCCUUUACUUGUGCAUCAACUUUCACAAAUGUUUUAGCGUAGCAUUUUAACGUUAAAUUUGAUCAGGAUAUUAUGGAGCGAGUUGUAUGGUCAUUUAUUUUCAAUUUAUUUAUUUAAAACUAGAGAGCUCUGAGGGCUAUCUGCUGAAGUAAAGGAAAAUCUGUCGCAUGAUUUUGAAGAUAUUUACAUUUUUUUUCUAAAAAUGCGGUUUUAAAUAUAUGCCAAUAUCUCAAACGUUUUUAUACCUACAAGAAAAUUAACAAUAUUUUCUUAAAGUUCCACCAUUUUUGUUAAGGAUGCCAAAAAUCAGAUAUCGUGACCAACACGCAUCUAAAUAGGUUCAAGCCACCUUAAAAGUGAUUUUAAUAAUGGCCUUCUUCGGCGACAUGUUACAGGUUACCAGCAGAGACUGGUGGAGUGUGUGCGCAAAGACGACGGAAGUUACGUAAACGACAAAAUGUGCCUGAAGACAAAAACUAAACCGCUGAAGAGAAGAGCCUGCAAUACACAACCUUGUGCAGCUGAGUAAGUAUGGGCAUUUCCUUAAUUAGCAAAUCAAAACUGUUAGCGGUCUUAGACACUAAAGCCCCCCUGAGUCUAUUCUAGGACCCUCUUUAACUCAUCCUUCGUGAGUCACUCUUGAGGACUGAGGAUGUGGCAGGAGUCAUCGGCUCCUGGAAUGUGGCCCGUCCUCAAACGUUCCUCAUGACUGAUUCUCAAUCCUGAAUUAUUUAAGUUUGAAAACGUUUUUUGAAAAUCAUGUGAACGUACGCUGCGUCACCCACAAGAAAAAAAUGUAUAACUUAUUGGACAUGAUGUGUGCCCGGUCCUGGCCACUUACUGUAUACAAAGUGCACGUCUACCAUUUCUAGUAAUGUUCCGGCUGGUAUAUAGUACUCACACUGGUCCAACAGGGUUAUUUCUGGAUGCAAUAGUUAAAAGUCAGUUUUGGGGAGGCAUCGCAGCGGAAUGUUCCAGCCACACUUGCGGUUGUGUUGGUCGCAUCAGUGACGCAUUUUUUUCCAAACCCUGACAACACAAUCAAGUGUUAUUUACUAUCAACACUUGAGUUAAUUUUGUCCUCAAAACAUUCUCACUACCUAUUUUGUUGCUUUUAAUAGGCCAUUUCCGAGUUCCAAAAACCCUCACUUUCAAAACGAGGCAAAGUACAAAAUGUUUCCUGUCAAAGAGUUUCAUUUGCAUGAGAAUUAAUAAUCAAUUCAUAUCACUUAGCCUCGCUUUGAAACAGAGGCUUAGGGUAUCUCAGAAAUGGUCCAUUGCAUUGUCAGUAUACAGCAAUACAAAGAGUAUAACGAACAUAGUUAUUCCAUAUUAUUAAUACCUCGGUUUUCCAUAGUAACCACCAUAGUAACUCUUUGUUUUUUGUGUUGAUUAUAUCAAAACCACGAAGAUGGUACAAAUCUGGCUGGAGACCCUGUUCAAAGACAUGUGGUAGAGGAAUUCAGCUGAGAAAGAUUGUUUGUAGGCGAAAGGUUACUCAGAAUCUCCAUGAAACGGUCAAAGAUUCAUUGUGCGUUGAGGAAAAACCAACAGGAAUUCUACAACAAGAAUGCAAUAAAGUGCCUUGUCCGGCUGAGUGGAAACAUAUGUCUUGGAGUGAGGUAGGUGUACGGCAAUUUGCCAGUCUGAACAAAAAUGCCCAGCUGCGCGCUUGAGAUUAACUGGAACUUGAUAUUUUAUAAGAUGUCUUUCACAUCAAAAAUCCUUUGCCUGGAUAAGUGUCAACCCAGUGUAGAGCAAGAUCAACUGUUAACUGCCCCACGAUAGCCGCCAUAAGAUCGAAGAAUCGACUUUUUGAGCUACAAGACUCAGCCCUCUUUGUGCUUUCUUUGUAGUUAUAUGUAUGGUACACUCGCUUUCAUUUUUAUUCUGUGUUUUACCUUGAUCUCAGUGCUCUCGGUCAUGUGAAGGAGGUAACAGGACUCGCAGUUUGAAAUGUAUGAAGCUAAAUGCCAAUGGAAUGCUGGUAUCUGUGUCCGAUAUCCAAUGUGCACACGCAGUCAAGCCAAACACAAUUGAGGAAUGCAAUACAGACGUUCUCUGUCCCCGUAAGUGAUCAAGACAGAUUUCAUUUCUGGUUUUACAUUGCACCUUUUUAAGGUAACAAAGGUAUAAAGGCGUACUGUUGCCUUGAUUAUAGGGAGUCUCUAUUUAACUGAUGGCACCUCUUUGGUACUUGUUACUGACAACAGUGAAGCUAUCCCCGGCAAGUUCAGCUACAAUUGGCACAGUAUAUACAAUGGAAAAUUCUCACGGUCAACUGACCCAAACAUGUCUUCAAUUUGACCUUUUAAUUCGCUGGUGAUUGGCUUCUUAGUUAGAACUUAAAAGACAGAAGAAGUAGGAGAAGCCACAGUAAAGAAGAGUAAACAGGAAGAAUAAAGCCAUCUAGUCUCGUUACCUCUCGUUCAAUUGCUUAAGAAGGCAUUCGGUCUCCUACUUGCGCCCAACACAAUAUCUACACUACACAAUCGAGGGCAUCUGACGUCGUAAUUGAAAACAAUGGAACAUAUUUAGUCAAAAAUUCUGCUACCCUCCCCUUUUUCUUAACCGAAGCAUUGAUCCCUUAAAUUGUUUCCGUGUGAUUCUGUAAGUUUUUCAGCUUUCCUAAUGAUCUAUUCAACCCAGGAGUAGGAAGGCAGCCAGAAAUAGCUAUGGAAACUGGACAAGAUAAUUCUAAUAAACCUAAUUUAUCUUAUAGACUCGAUAGUAGGCCCCGAUGGGAAACAUUUCGUCGCCCUGGGCUGCUACAGAGACAGUUCACACUUCCGUGCCUUACCCGAGCUGGUGGCAAAUCUACGUAAGAAAAUAGACUGGAGGAAAAUGGAAAAAACUGUUGAGGACUGCGCACACAAAGUGGUGCUAAAGAACUCUACAUACAAGGUGAAUUACCUAGUUUGGUUACCUAUCGGCUCCCAGGGGCCCGGAUAAGGUGAUUUAAGGAAAAGGCGAAACACUUUAUACUCUCUUUCUUUAUGCAUAGUGACUAAAUCAUGUUUUUUUAUAACUAGAGGUAUUUAAGGCUCGUUUGAAAUGAGACAUUAGUAGAAGGGAGGGGUUGUUUUGCACCCCCUUUUAGACAAGGUUGGACGUACCAAUCUAGAAACGUUUUGGGAUUGAUUUUGAAGCAAUCUUUUGAUAAAAUAGUAAUGUUUUGCGUCUCUUAUUGCGAUGAAAUCUUCUAAACUCACGAUGCAAUACGCAAUCGUCGAUGACCUUAGAAAAAAGGGGAGUUUUAAGGUAAAUAAAAGAGAAAUGUGUCGGCACAUCAACAGUGACAUAACCAUUGGUACACACUUUGGCCAUGACUUUGUGACUUCAUGAACAUUAAUAUACGCCACUAACUGCAAAUUAUUAAGGUCAGAACGUCUGAUGGAGGUUUCAAACUGGUAAUUCUUCUAAGCAUCAGUUAAUCCGGGGGCGGAUCCAGGAUUUUUCUUAGGAGGGGGUGUGGGCACCCCUAAGGUAUGGCGUAACUGACUGGUGACGAAAACAAAUUUUCAUACAGAAAACCAGUUGUAUUAGUAAGCCGCAGGUCUUCUCAGGGGGGAGGGGGUGCCCACCCCCUGCACCUCUCCCCCUAGAUCCGAAAAUCUUAUGGCACGGUGAAGACUAAUUGUUUGGGGUCGUUAUUAAAGGGAAUUCACGUAGAAAAAGGGCUUAUUAUUCACCUGUCACUGCUUGUUAUUGUAGGUAUUCGGAGUCCAGUUCUACGGCGAGUGUUGGUCAGGAGAUGAAGGAGACAGGACUUACAGUGAAUACGGUACAUCACCGAACUGCUGGAAAGGCGUAGGCGGUUCAACCGCUAAUUUUGUCUACGCGUUUGUUGAUGAUAAUAAGGUGAAGACUAAACACAUUGCAAUAGAAGGCGUCUAACUAGUAGCUAAAUAUCUUUUAUUCAUUGGUAGGGAGGGUCCGUUCCUAACUUGGAAGGUAAGGACGGAAGGAAAGACAAAUAUCAAGUACUCCUGCUCCUAUUCUACGUUACUGAUAAAUAUUCAUAACUUACUCAAUAACAAAAGGCCUAAUUUGCGUUUUUUUCUUCUUUCUCGCCAGAAUCCUUAAGUCGAAGCUUAUGAAGGAACUACGCAGUGUCGUCUGGAAAACAAAAAAAACGCUUAAACUUGGUGGCGCUCUCUUGUUCAUACCUUGUAGUUUAGCUUAUGAAAUCCUCAGUGCAAGCAUGUACCGUAAUAAAGCAUAUGUUAUAGACCUUACGUAGUAAGAAUAAUUGUUUUGACUCAGUGAACUUUAUUCAUCUUUUCGGAAGAUCUUUAAUUGCUCCUUGUAAACGACACAGUAUCUUCGCUAAAAAUACAAGAAAGUAUAGCGUGUUUUCGCGUAACUUUGAAACCGUUGAACGAAAGAACCCAAGGACAUGAAAUGUUACAGAGGACUCAUAAAUAUACAACAUAGCCAAGUCUCAGGUCUUUGUGGGGCACCAUUUUUUUCAUUUAUUUACCGAAAACUUUCACGCAAGUUUAUAGACCUUUGUGUGGGGACCGCAUACUGACCUGUACCGACAUGGGACACCAAUAUGGCGGCCGAAAAACGACAAAGAGCAUGCCAGGUUCUCACUUUUGGAAUUAAAAUGCCUCCUUUUUUGCUUUUAAGCUAUAAUUAACAUGCGCAAAAACACAUUUAUCGCUUAAAAUUUAUGAACCACUGAAAAUCAUAAGGAGAGAACUUUCAAAAUGCUAAAUGCUGCAUUUUCAAAAUGAAAGAAGCUACAGGGCUUGAAGCUUCUACAAAUAUUUAUUCUUCGGUCACCUUCUCAACCUGGUGUACAUAAGAAUUCAAAGGACCCUGCUAUUUUGAUUUCAGAAUUGGAUGACGUCAUGGUGACAACACACAUGGGUAGGUAUACCCUCAUAAACUAAACUUGCUGUGACCCUACAAUUGUAAUCUACCCAAGCGGCAGCCAAUGUUUCAAAGGUUAAAACCAAUGGCUGCAAAUACACUUAUGUGAUUCCACGCACGUUGAAAAGUUUCUUCUAAACAAGACUCCUCCGGAUUUUAUUGACCUUACACUAAUGCUAUUCAAUCAUAGAAAAAAAGGCCUAAACUGCUAUGAUAUCAUGACGGAGCUAAAGAAAGAUCCUGGGAACACUUGUAAGUGAGAGUUAUUUACGCGCGUACCGUAAAUAAGUACGUAAAAAUUACGCAACAGUGGAAAUCUACCCUAAAGCACUGCAGCCAUCGACGCAGCCGAUCAGAUUAACCCUCUAUUCCCAUCAAUCAUGAUCAAGACACUGGCUGAAGAUCCCACCGAGAUCUGCGACCCUUCGAUUUGACUACGAGCACGAAAUCGAAUACGAGUUUGACUUUGGAAUUAAUUUUGUAACUCGAACUACACUCGUCCGAUCUAAAGGUCACUAAAAUCACGUCAUCUUCUUCCGCCUCGGUUAGCAAACAGAGAUACAAUCAACAAUAUUCAUUUGAACAUAACUGUUUUUUUAUUACUACUAUUUUGAGAUGGGUUUCACAAAUCAAAGUGCAGGGUAUAUAUCGUUAAAUAGGCCUGAUAUUUUCUGUACAAUUUAACUUGUGAUUAUUUUACAGGGAUUUAAUCUCUAAAAAUAAAUAAUAUAUCUCUUCUUACAUCUUCAAUAAACGUCAACGCUUUACGAAUUACACAUUCUUCAAUUCCUGAACCCAAACAUCUUUUAUUACUUACGAUCACUAGCUCUGCAGGAUGUGGAUUUAUAUCUCACUAUGCACGGUGACUCUUCCACUCUUCCUUUUUUUACUUUUGAUAGGUUAUGAUUAAAUCAACUCAAUUUUUAUGUGAAUUUUAAAAUAAACUAAACCAUCUUAAGUCUGGUUUAACAAACGUUGAAAUUAAAAAGAAACGUAUUUACCUCUACAUUAUUAUAAUUUUGCAACAAAGAUACCCUGAUACCCUUUUAUUUCCACGAUUGGCUUGUGGUUAGGGUGUUUGCGCCUGAGGCUGACUGAAUGAAAUACUGAUCAUGGCUUUACAAGGUGGUUCUAACGGUUUUUGCCUGUGUUGAUCAUUUUUUUAAAUGAAAGGAACUGAACAAUCCCUUUCUGUUGUAAUAUUCAUGUUACUGCACAAGUGGUGCUAACGUUUUAGUCUGUAUACGGAAGUUAUUAGCGUUCAUUCUGAAAGCUCUGUAGCAGUGCUUUCUGGUGGUUAUGUUUAGUAUGCUGCUCAAGGUGAAGCUGAUUUUUAGGGCCUAGGAUGAAGUCACCGAUUAAAUAAAAGCCACCAAGAAGUAACGUCUUCUGUCACUGUUCAUUAUCCCGCAGAAGGUGGUGGUUAUAAAUUUAGUUUGUGGACAACUCUAAAAGACCUCCACAAAAGCAACAGCCAUUGAUCAGUAUUCUAGAAUAGUACUGUGCGCUUUCCUUUAAUUUGAAAAGCGGGAAAUGAAAGGGCCAACUAUACUGUUGUCAUUUGUUCAGAGUCACUGAUGAAGGAACUCAACUGACUUUAUCUUACACGCUAUACUCAGAGAAAUAAUAAUCAGGUGAAAAAAGGACACGCCUACAUAUUGUAAGUGUCGCGAGGGAUUACGUCAACCGCUAACACUGUCGAAUAUCGAAUACUUUUGUUUCUUGAUUACAAGAGAAACUGCUAUCAUAGUUUCAGCUAUAAGCUUGCUACAGCUGCCGUCCAAAUGUUAUGCUCAUCUCCUAUGUUACAUCUGUUCCUAGUGUAUUAAUAUUUUUCAAAUUAAAACGCACGAAAAGGGCAGAUGCCAACCAAUACAAACCCUAUUCCAGCAUAAGAGUUUCGCAUUGAUUUUCAAUUCUUUGCUCGCCGACGUUUUAAACCAACUCAAGUUUUACAUAUUUUAGUCGAGUUGUCACUCUGUACGAUGAUUUAGUCAAUGCUUUUACUUAUGAAUUGGAAGAUAAAGUGUUGGUCCGAAUGACAAUCUAAAAUGUCGGGGAUGUUACAAAGAUGCUCGCCUUUUGAGUGAGCAUCCAAAGUUCUUUCCAUGCAAUAAUUAAUGAUCUCCGUUCAUCCUUUUACAUUGCAGAAAGAGCUCAACAAGUCGAGAGAUAAAAUAAGCUCCCACUCAAUUCAGCAAUCUAUCUGCAGUCUUGCGAGAAAUUUAACGAGUCAAAAGGGAUUCUUUAACCCUGGUCUGUUGAAAGACCAAGAACAGCUUGAAGCUAACAUCUUGAUCUUUGCUUAUACGGCCUCCAUUCAAGCCACUGUUUCGCUUAUCUAA